CGGCUGUUCAGACACCUGAGAGCGGCUACGCUGUUUGGGCAAUGUGAAUUCUCACACGGCCGGCCACUCCAGGGGACCUCUGGCUCAACUGAGCUGGCACAGCCUCACAGAGGCCCUGCAGCUCUCCUCUGGUUCCCCUGGUCUCCUCUCCACCAGACCCAACUGAAGGGCUCUCCGGAGAGCCCCUUUCACAAAGCAUCUGCCUGUAUCCCGGGCGUCAAACACUCACCAGCAGGUGAACUCCAUUCAAUAUUUAUCACGAGUGCUCUCAGGAUCACUGUGAAGCCGGGCACUUCAAUAUACUGAGCAAAAACAUAAACGCAACAUGUAAAGUGUUGGUCCCAUGUUUCAUGAGCUUAAAUUUCCCAUACGUACAAAAAGCUUUGUUCUCUAAAAUGUGGUUCACAAAUUUGUUUACAUCCCUGUUUGUGAGCAUUUCACCUUUGCCAAGAUAAUCCAUCCACCUGACAGGUAUGGCACAUCAAUAAACUGAUUUAACAGCAUGAUCAUUACACAGGUGCACCUUCAGCUAGGGACAAUAAAAGGCCACUCUAAAAUGUGUAGUUUUGUCACACAACACAAUGCCACAGAUAUCAUGUCAGCAUGUAAUUGGCAUGCUGACUGUAGGAAUGUCCACCAGAGCUGUUGCAAGAUAAUUGAAUGUUAAUUUCUCUACAAUAAGCUGCCUCCAAUGUCGUUUUAGAGAAUUUGGCAGUACGUCCAACUAGCCUCACAACCUCAGACCACGUGUAACCACGCCAGCCCAGGACCUCCACAUCCGGCUUCUUCACCUAAGGCAUCGUCUGAGACCAGCCUUCCUGGCAGCUGAUGAAACUGAGGAGUAUUUCUAGAAAUUGUUGCAUGUUGUGCUUAUAUUUUGUUCAGCGCCUUCGGAAAGUAUUCAAACCCCUUCCCUUUAUCCACAUUUUGUUACAUUACAGCCUUAUUCUAAAAUUGAUUAAAUAUUUUUCUUUCUCUCACCAAUCUACACACAAUACCCCAUAAUGACAAAGCCAAAAUAGUUUUUUCGAAAUUUUAGCAAAUGUAUUAAAAAUAAAAAACAUAAAUACUUUAUUUACAUAAGUAUUCAGACCCUUCGCUCUGAGACUCGAAAUUGAGCUCAGGUGCAUCCUGUUUCCAUUGACCAUCCUUGAGAUGUUUCUACAACUUGAUUGGAGUCCACCUGUGGUAAAUUCAAUUGAUUGGACCUGAUUUGGAAAGGCACACACCUGUCUAUAUAAGGUCCCACAGUUGACAUACAUGUCAGAGCAAAAACCAAGCCGUGAGGUCGAAGGAAUUGUCCGUAGCGCUCCGAGACAGUAUUGGGUCGAGGCACAGAUCUGGGAAAGGGUACCAAAAACAUUUUGGAGCAUUGAAGGUCCCCAAGAACACAGUGGCCUCCAUCAUUCUUAAAUGGAAGAAGUUUGGAACCACCUAGACUCUUCCUAGAGUUGGCCGCCCAGCCAAACUAAGCAAUCGGGGGAGAAGGACCUUGGUCAGGGGGGUGACCAAGAACACAAUGGUCACUCUGACAGAGCUCCAGAGUUCCUCUGUGGAAAUAGGAGAACCUUCCAGAAGGACACCAUCACUCCACCAAUCAGGCCUUUCUGGUAGAGUGACCAGACGGAAGCCACCCCUCAGUAAGAGACACAUGACAGCCCGCUUGGAGUUUGCCAAAAGGCACCUAAAGACUCUCAGACCAUGAGAAACAAGAUUCUCUGGUCUGAUGUAACCAAGAUUGAACUAUUUGGCCUGAAUGCAUGUUUUCCAGCGGCAGGGACUGUGAGACUAGUCAGGAUCAAUGCAAAGAUGAACGGAGCAAAGUACAGAGAUCCUUGAUGAAAACCUGCUCCAGAGCGCUCAGGACCUCAGACUUUGGCGAAGGUUCACCUUCCAACAGGACAACGUCCCUAAGCACACAGCCAAGACAACGCAGGAGUGGCUUUGGGACAAGUCUCUGAAUGUCCUUGAGUGGCCCAGCCAGAGCCCGGACUUGAACCCGAUCGAACAUCUCUGGAGAGACCUGAAAAUAGCUGUACAGCAACGCUCCCCAUCCAACCUGACAGAGCUUGAGAGGAUCUGCAGAUGAGAAUGGGACGGAGAGAGAUGAUAGGCCUCCACUGGUCUUUUGGGUAUUUUUAUUACAGCAUUUUCCACAAGCUUUUAUACUCUUUACUGUGAAAAUAAAUGUGAACUAUGGAUUUCAAUCAAAAUAAAACCUUGAUAGCUGGGGAAAAUAAUUACUUUGGUAAUUUGUUGACAUCUUGUUGAGUGUUGUAGAAAAUGGCUGUUUGAUACCUUACUUCACUGCCAGAAAAAAAAACAUAUUGUCAUUAUCAAUUGCAACAAAGCUUUUUUAUUUUCAAAGCAUUUUACUCACAAGGUAAAGCACACUCUCCCCAGGUAAUUUUACAUUUGGAUUAGACUAUUUCCAAGCCAUUUCCCUGGUUCUGUGCAUGUGGUUCUGUACAUAACCAGAAGAAAGACUGGACAUUGCUGCUGGGCAGUCCUGGCUAGAUUCUGCUGCACUCUGUUGGACAUUGGACAACAGAGCAUGCAAACACAGGUAAAGCCAAAUAUGGAGACCCUUACAGUGUUAGUAAAUAUCCACUGGGUGGCAGGGUUUAAUUGCCUCAAAGCAAGAUGUUAGUUUGUUGCUUGCUUUGUCUUGAAUGCAAGUCCCAUUGCUAUUUCUAUGUUUUCCAAUUAAUUAUGAGAGCAAAAGAGAGAGAGAGAAAGAUGUGGUCCAUAGCUUAUUACAGAGUUAUUACAUCACAUAGAUCAUCCCCGUAGCAAGGCAUCUAUCUGAUACCAAGUGUGACGAAUACAUCUAGCAGUUAGCCUAUACAUCAUCAGAGACCAUUCUCAUUUCUCUUUGACAGAGAUUGAACUCACUGACUUCUGGCUAAAGUAAGCAGCUUAAAAAAAACGAAGGUCGAUGUUCGCGACCCUGCGGAAAUCCAAUUAGCAUUUAUUUUUUUAAAUCCCCAUAUAAAUCUAUCAGUUUAAGCUAGAGAUAUCCGUUUUUUUGCAUUGGAUGCAUCUCAAUCCACCGCAUCUGCCUAUCUAACACUUCCACAUUUGUAGUGAAAGGUGACAGAGGUAGAGCGGUGUUAGUCCGACCCUGAGACAUCCUGAAAAUCGGUCUUCUCACAAAAUCGUCUGUAGCGUCCGAACGGUUUGGCCUAUAAACUAUUACGAUGGUGUUCUCCGUUUUGUUCUACGACCCCCACAAGCAUAUUGGGACUCGUCUGAAGUCGGUACAGCCGAUCUGCCAACUUCUGUCUGUAACAUCCGAACAGUUUGGGCUAAGGUGAGACUCUCACGAACAUGUACACUACCGUUCAAAAGUUUGGGGUCACUUAGAAAUGUCCUUGUUUUCCAACAUACAUGAAAUGAGUUUGAAUAGGAAAUAUAGCAAAAUGAAUAGGAAAUGUAGUCACUGACAAGGUUAGAAAUAAUGAUUUUUUAUUGAAAUAAUAAUUGUGUCCUUCAAACUUUGUUUUCGUCAAAGAAUCCUCCAUUUGCAGCAAUUACAGCCUUGCAGACCUUUGCCAUUCUAGUUGUAAAUUUGUUGAGGUAAUCUGAAGAGAUUUCACCCCAUGCUUCCUGAAGCACCUCCCACAAGUUGGAUUGGCUUGAUGGGCACUUCUUACAUACCAUACGGUCAAGCUGCUCCCACAACAACCCAAUAGGGUUGAGAUCCGGUGACUGUGCUGGCCAAUCCAUUAUAGACAGAAUACCAGCUGACUGCUUCUUCCCUAAAUAGUUCUUGCAUAGUUUGGAGCUGUGCUUUGCGUCAUUGUCCUGUUACAGGAGGAAAUUGGCUCCAAUCAAGCGCCGUCCACGGGGUAUGGCAUGGCGUUGCAAAAUGGAGUGAUAGCCUUCCUUCUUCAAGAUCCCUUUUACCCUUUACAAAUCUCCCACUUUACCACCACCAAAGCACCCCCAGACCAUCACAUUGCCUCCACCAUGCUUGACAGAUGGCAUCAAGCACUCCUCCAGCAUAAUUUUAAUGGACAAAAAAAUUGCUUUUCUUUCGAAAACAAGGACAUUUCUAAGUGACCCCAAACUUUUGAACAGUAGUGUACAUAUCGAUUGUUUUGCUCUAGGCCACCCACAGGCCUCACAAGACUUGUCUGAAGGUCCCCCGGUACCAUUUGAAAAAAGAAUGGAAGUAUAUAUGGACACUGUUUAGUGCCAAAAAUAAGGGGUUCAAUAGAGAUAUAGGACACACACUUCAGCACAAACUUCCUUUUGAUUUCUUUGGGAGACUAUCUGUUGUUCCAUGUAGUGAAUCUGUUAUUCAAUGCGUUUCUAUGGGCUAAUAGCAGUAAGGCCAAAGGGGGUUGAGUGAGGAACAACAGAGUCGGAGAAAGUGUCAGUCCCCCGCCAAGCCAAAACCAGUCAGGUUAUACUUGACGGACCUGUUUUAAACAAGGACUCAUUUCAACCUCUUCCGUCUCCAUUGUGAGUCUGCAUUGGGAUAAAUAGCCUAUAAAUAACAAUAAGGAGGCCUAUUUAUAAUCAAAAUUCUAACAAUCCUGUUAGGCAGAUUACAGAUUGCUUUAACAGUUUCACUCAGUAACAUGAUGGGGAACAGGAAAAGGUUACUGAUCAAGCAGACAGACAAGGUAUUGCAGAGUGUCUGUAUGUCACCCAAUUGGCGUUAGAUCUGAUCUUACCACAUCUCUGGCAGCUCUGGGUAAGUCAUUAGGGUCAAGGUUACAUGUUUACUGGGGACACAGGGGCCUUUGGCCAGCCAAACUGUGGUGCAUCAGCCAGGUGAUGGUCCAAUGUACAGUUCAGGUUCUGUAUAAUGAGUAGGACAGUCAGGAUUGGGUGUGGGUGGGGAUCCAGUUGCAAAAAAUGAGUAUCCUGUACAGUGUCCUAACUCCCUCAUUGUAUUUCAAUGAGAAUCUAUAGCUGCUCAUUAGGUGCAGCAACAACUGUUUUUAAUCAUUGGGGGACAACUAUUGAGAUAAUGAGAGUCUAUUUAACAAAAAGAAUCCACCCUACAUUAGAGCUUGAUUUGUUCUUUAAAAAGAAAAAGAAACACAUAACGCCUGUUGUUCUGAAGUAAAAGUAAAAGUUGUCAAAAAUAUAAAUAGUAAAGUAAAGUACGGAUACCACAAAAAACGACUUAAGUAGUACUUUAAAGUAUUUUUACUUAAGUACUUUCCACCACUGCUAAAUGGUGUGUAUGUUGUUGUGCAAUGUCUUGCGCUUGGUAUGGUUCCUGGUACAUUACACAUCAUACCCUGUGUUUUUUCUUUUCUUUUUGUUAAAUCAGAAUAGUCUGGAAACUACUGUAUGAUCAGAAAUGACUGCCAGCCUGCCAGGGAGGAUAGGCGGUCCAGAUCAGGCCAUACUGGACCAAACACGUGGGACAGUAGAAAGGUUUUCUUAUUGGGCACACCUCCUCCCAGUCAGUUCCAGUUUUGGCUCUUUCUGCCCACCUCGGAUAUUUUUGCGCAAUCCGAUUGGCCCUCUGCUGCAACACAGCCAAGGUCAGAGGUGAAUGGCCAAAAGUAACCCAUCUUCGCAUCAUACCAUUCGCUACUGUCAAAUGCGCCUCUCGUAGUCCAAAUAGCUCAUCAUAAUGUGUUUUUUGUCAUCACCGGUUGGAAAGACAUGUCUGAAACCAGAGUGAAUUAAAUAAAUCAUCACCGAUCUUUUGGGAUCAACGAUUCAGGAUUGCUUGUCGGUUUAUUUCACACGGUGAGUACUGAGUACUAACCGUUAGCUUGCUAGCAUAGCUAGGUGAUAAGCUCAUUAGCUAGCUAACUACACUGUUACAGUAACGUUAGCUAGCUAGACAGACCGGUAUCUUGCUAGCUAGCUAGCUGUCUGUACACCUCGCAUGCCGUUGUACUAGCUAGCAAGAUACCGGUCUGUCUUUCUAGCUAACUAACUGGAUAGCCAGUAACUAACUAUUUGUGAGACACUGCUCAUUGACAUCAACCAGGGUUGUAUUCAGACUAACGAGUGCUUUUGGAUUUAUCGGAUUAUGGUUGGCCAUAACGCGACACAACAUUGCUAGCAUGAUUUGAUGUAACUUGCUUGUUCGACAUAGGAUUCCCAUCCGAUACACAAUUUUUGGGCCAGGGUGCGGGGCGAUAUUUGUUUCCCAUCAUUAUCAUUAGAGCCCUGUCGUAAAACAUAAUUUAUUAUCAUUUUGGGUAUGUCUAUGUUCAGUGCUGUUCGCUUACGUUUGUCUGCAUGGUUGGGCUUGUUUUUCAGGUCCAGCAAGCAGCUAAAACUAAUACUGGCAAGGUGUGUCUGUCUUGUUCUGGUUUCUCUGCUCGUGCACAGUUGCAGUUUCAACAAAUUAUACCCUCUCAAAGACUAAUAUCAAUGCAGACCAUGCCUUUCAAACCAGUGGUUUUGGAUUGGAGUUUGUUGUAUAUGUGUGUAUAUAAAUAUAUUGUAAAUAUAUUACAGUUACAGUAAGCAUUUUAUAUAAGGAGGAUGGGGAGGUAAUGCCCUCUACCAUUCUUUUGCAAUGUCUUGCAAUAUGAAUGCAGGAUCAGCAUCAUUUUUGUGCAACUCCACUCACUGACGCAAUCUGACAAACAGCAGCCAAUGCCAGGACAGCCUGGUGUCAUCACGCUGUGGCCCUGACUAACUUGAGGACUCAGCCCUAUCUCCAGCUUUAUAAAUACCUGUGGUUUUGACUUCCCUCAUCCACUCCUCUCCCUCCAGUGUUCGCAGCCUGCCAACGUGGUGACGGUCCAGCCAUGGCACAGCAGGAUGCGCCUGCCAAUAAGGCUGCUGCCCCGAACCUUGCUGCGCUGCACUCCAACUUCAUCAUCGGCUCUGUGUCGGAGGAGAACUCUGAGGAUGAGAUCCUGGGAAAGCCAGACCUGACGCUGGGACUGGAGGAGAAGGAGCGCUCCAUAUCCCCCACCUCUAGCCUCAGCUCAGAGAACAGCACCUAUGAGAUGGGCUUCGACCACAUCGACGGGCCCCACAUGAGGUCAGAACCCAGGCUUUUCUCUCUGUUUUAUGUUCCCUGAGCCUCUCUGUUUGUGUUGUGUAUCCAGGCUUUGCUUUAUCUUGGCCAGGUCGCAGUUGUAAAUGAGAACUUGUUCUCAACUGGCUUACCUGGUUAAAUAAAGGUGAAAUAAAAUAAAAAAUAACAACCACACAGAGGUGUUUAAUCAUAGCGUCUAUACUGAGGUUACCAGUAUCUCAAUGCAUUAUACAAAAUGGUACUGCAUAGUUUUGAUUGCCGCAACAACCUGGCCUCAGUCGUAUGGGAUGGAGAAACCUCCAAUACAGAUAUGUCUCCAUCAGACGAGUCUGGAGGGAAUAUUCUGAAAUGGCAGCAGCAGGAGAACACUGGGUUCAGUUCAGUGCUCUCUCCCUGGCUGGCCCCCCUCGCUUCUCUGCUGUGGGUGGGUGGUGUGUGUGAAAAACAUGGCCAGGCCAGCUUCACACCCUGCCUGCUUGCUAUAGAGGAGCUGUGUGUUCUAGGAGGACUGCCCUCCCUACUGCUGUCCCAUUGCCAACAACCUCAGCUCUGAGCCCUCCCUGGAGCCUGGCCUCACCAGCUCUCCUUUGUAUUCAGUGGCUCUUUUUACAGCCACAGGGACUAGGCUCUAGAGAAUGGACAUUGUGAAUGCAGAUGUGAAUAACUGGCAGAUAUGGUGCUGGCCAGAAGAAUAUGGCAACAUUCGUACACAUACAGUAGGCUUUUCAUUUAGAAUGGUGUUCAGAUUUGUUUCUCAGUCUUUCUUGUUGCAAAUUCUGUUUUUUUGUGUGUAGUCGAUUCCAGUGAGUUUUGGUUCAACUAUAUGCCUGCCACAGGUCUGGGCUGUUGUUGUAAUUGAAUAGUUGUAAUAGACUCAUGUGAGAGUCAGGCCUACAGUCACUCUAGCAGUAGGGUUUUAGUGUUGUGGUGGGACAGAACACUGACAAAGAAGUAAAUAUCUGUCUCCAAUUCCACCCACAAUACUGUUCUCCUGUCAGCUAACUCUUUCCACACACCUGGGGCUACUUUCCAAAGCCAUGAUUGGAAAAUAGCAGUGUACAGUACACACUCUUAUAUUAGGCUGUGGGGCAAUCAUUUUGUGGCAUGAUAGAAAGAAAACGAUUGAAAUGUGCAUCAGAUAUCAAGUUAAAUUUUAAGAACAUCAUGCUAAAGGAUUUACCUACAGUCUGUAUGGGAUUAACUGAGUUUGCAGGCUGUUAUGAUGUGCCAUUCUGACAGAGGGGAAUGUUUUUGUUGUUUAUCCUUUUUUAGCACCUCACAUUUCAGUGAUUAGUUUCACAGCUCUCUACAGCUGACCUGUCCUGUGUGGUUGGGCUUGAGUAUGUGAUUGGGAGUGUGAGGAUUGAUGAUGAAACUGGAAUUACUGGCAGAGGCAGAGCCCACAGCUCUCUCCCGUAGGACAAGGGGGAGCUCAGCUGAGCUCAGAUGACGGGAAGUGCCGUUCCUUCUCUGGGGCUUCAUUCAGAGGCCUCUGUCUGUGUCGCUGUAGCAUGCCAUCAUCAUGCAACAGUGCAGUGUCAGGCCACAGCAGCCAACCAAACACAGACUGGGGGCUCUGCCUCUGACACGCCCUCCUGGGUGACUGGAUCCCUCCUCCCCAUCCUCCCACUGGCUCUCUCUGAGGGUGGAACCUAGUUUAGGGGCCCUGUUUUUCCCUCAGAGGAAACGCUUGCAGCUUGUCCUAGCCUGUUAACAACAUUUCAGGAAUGAGCUCCUCCUGUGACUGGUUGGUGAUGGUGUGUUGUACCUUUUUAGUUGUGAAAGGUCUAAUUGUGUACAGUUCACAGUUCAGAAAAACGAGAUAACAUUUUGUCUUCUCCUCAGUGGCAGAUAUGCCUACUCUCACUUGGAGACAAGGACAUUGAUUUCAAGUAUUUUUUACUGUAGGUAGAGUAGACUGUUUACAUUGAUCAAUUAUGGUCCUCUCCCUUUAUGUAACCAUUAGAGCACCAGUUUUAGCAGUGUCAUGAUAUUAGUAAGCAGUUAUGCUUGAGGAGGAAAACAUUUCUGCCCUACCCUGGCCAGUGGCCACCACACCAAACACUAAUCUAAUCACAGUAGCUCUCUUAUCAUCCCGGCUUUGUAUUUUUUUGUGUUAGGUUACACCUACCCAACAUUUUCCGGGAAUAGGCUUGGCUUAUGUUACUGAAUGUAUCCAGAGUAUUUUCUGAUUUCCUUAUCAACAAAUGCAGCAAAAAGUACAGUAAAUGUCAAAUGCACAUAAAAUCAACAGUGUAAUAUUUGGAUUCAGUCUUGUCAGGAGAACUGUUGUGUACUCAACUUUGAUCUAAUCAUUUUGCCAUUAUCUCCAAACUGUUCCCUUUCAAUUGCUACCAUGGUUAUGCUUUUCAUAUUUCUUCUGUUAGAAACAUUUAAAUGUAGCCCAGUCAGCCUACAAGGUCGACAAAGAUCUCGUUUGGUGUUUUUCCUGGCUGGGGAAGGCUUACGCUUAAAUUUAAGUGUAAAAAGACACUGCAACAGCGCUCCACACACGUGCUGAUUGCAUGGCUGGUGUAACGUCUCUCAUGGAUCACAGUUACUGUUUCACCAGCGCUUGUCUUGAGCAACGUGUGCGGUAUGCUUAGGCUACGUGUCUAGUGUAGUUUGGCCGUUAGCCUUAUGCUUGUUGUGUAUGUUGGCUGUAGCAUGAACUUUAAUUUCUUCUUAUUAUAGAAGUUAUUAUGGAUGAAUGAAAACAAUGAUAUGUUGAAGACAAAUGCUGGGUGAUUGUGAAGCCCCACCAACCUUACACUACGGUGUUCUCUUCAUGCUGAAGUAAUUUCAGUUCUUCACACAGACCGAGCAUGUCUGGGCUGCACCUGGUCAAGCAGGGCCGAGACCGGCGUCGCAUGGACCUGCAGAGAGAUUUCACCGUGGCCUCCCCCGCCGAGUUUGUUACCCGCUUUGGUGGGAAUAAGGUCAUCGAGAAGGUAAGGCCUUCUUUAGCUUCUGGGGCCUGGUUUUACCACAUUUUUGACAUACAGUAUUUCAGAGGCUGGUCCCCCACUCACAUCUCUUCCCAUCUCAGGUCCUCAUUGCCAACAACGGCAUCGCAGCAGUCAAAUGCAUGCGCUCCAUCCGCCGCUGGGCUUACGAGAUGUUCCGCAACGAGCGCGCCAUCCGCUUUGUCGUCAUGGUAACCCCUGAGGACCUGAAGGCCAACGCAGGUGAGCUUUACAUUACGGUAUCAUCACAACUAGUAACAACAGAGUAACUGUGUGUCUAUUCUCUACCCAGCCUCUCUAACUCUGCUUAAUGACCCAGAGAGUCAGGACAAAGCUCCAGCCAGCCAAUGUGUUUAAACAAGCAGACCCACUAGGCUUCCAGGAAUGGACCAGAUCAGGCUCUCUGUUGGUUUAGACCUGCACUGCACUGAACAGGCAACCCUGACCUAGUUCAGCAGAAAGGGCUUUGUAAAAAAGAGUGGCUUUCUCAAAAUGCUAUCAUGUGUAAAUGGUUUGGCACUGGGGGUGAUGUUUAGAUGUGAUGAUAGCAAGCUAAUAUUGAGAGACGAAAGAUGAGAUUAAAUGUUGGACUGUUAUACAUGCUAUUUUAUGGGCAGAGCAGACCUAAAUGGUUUUCACCCCACUAUCUUCUACAGAGUAUAUAAAGAUGGCCGACCACUAUGUGCCUGUGCCAGGAGGGACCAAUAACAACAACUACGCCAACGUGGAGCUCAUUCUGGACAUUGCCAAGCGUAUACCUGUGCAGGUACUGCUAGACAUCCAUUUAUUUAGGCCUAGAGUAGACUUUCAUAUAAAUAGUGAUUGAACUCUCUUGUAACCUGUAUUUGAACUGUUUUUAAUGCUUUCUCCAGGCUGUAUGGGCUGGGUGGGGCCACGCCUCAGAGAAUCCCAAACUGCCAGAGCUGCUCAUGAAGAAUGGCAUUGCCUUCAUGGGUAAGACUGUGUUUCCUACUAUCUCUACUCUGAGUCUCCCAGCCACACACAGAGCCAUGGAUGCUGCUUUUUGCCCCUCUGUCCUGUGUCUGAGUUGGCCUGUAAGAUGUUGUGUUCUGUGCCUACUUCCAGGUCCUCCUAGCCAGGCCAUGUGGGCACUAGGGGACAAGAUCGCCUCAUCCAUCGUGGCUCAGACAGCUGGCAUCCCAACCCUGCCCUGGAGUGGAUCAGGUAUGUCUGUGUACCUGUGAAUACUCUUGAUGGCUUUGAAGUAAGUGUGUUGUCAGAGACUGAUCCCAUGGUGUGUGUGUGUCUCAGGGCUAACAGUAGAGUGGACAGAGAGUGACCAGAAGAAGAGGAUCAUCAACGUUCCCCCGGAUCUGUAUGAGCUGGGUUGCAUCUAUGAUGUGGAGGCAGGACUGAAGGCUGCAGAGGUGGUGGGCUACCCUGUGAUGGUGAAGGCCUCAGAGGGAGGUGGAGGAAAGGGCAUCCGCAAAGUCAACUGUGCUGAUGACUUCCCCAACCUCUUCAGACAGGUGAGGUCCAGUCUAAUUCCAGUAUCAAUAUAUGGUUAUGAUGGGCUGAAAGACAUGAUCAGUAUGAUUUUGAUUCUGACUAACCCCUCAUGCUACCCUCUCCUUGGCUACCCAGGUCCAGACAGAAGUUCCGGGCUCACCCAUCUUCGUGAUGCAGCUGGCCAAACACGCUCGUCACCUGGAGGUUCAGCUCCUGGCCGACCAGUACGGCAAUGCCAUCUCCCUGUUCGGCAGGGACUGCUCCGUACAGCGGCGACACCAGAAGAUCAUUGAGGAAGCGCCUGCCACCAUCUCCACCUCAGACGUGUUUGAGGACAUGGAGAGGGUAUGUGUUGAAAUUUGAGAGGGACUAUGACCAGAUGGACUUGUUAAUCUAUGGUUAGGUUGCCAGGUUGUGACUAUGUGUCUGUUCCUCACUCCUCAGUGUGCAGUGAAGCUUGCUAAGAUGGUGGGCUAUGUCAGUGCUGGCACAGUGGAGUAUCUCUACAGCCAAGAUGGCAGCUUCUACUUCCUAGAACUCAACCCUCGUCUGCAGGUAGAACACCCCUGCACUGAGAUGGUGGCCGACGUCAACCUGCCUGCUGCACAGCUGCAGGUCAGUUUCAGCAGCAGUGUGUGUGUGUCCAGAUCUCAUUCAGUCUGUGUCGUACAUCUCUGUUGAGUAUGCACACCUCUCUGCUCUCGAAGGUGAGUUUCAUUCCGGGCCUCUGUCUCCAUGGUAACUGGUUAGGUUGGAGUGAGCUAAUGUUCAGAAACAUGAACAAUCCCUCCACCAUUGGGGGAGGGAUAUACUCUGUCUGUCCACCUCUCUGCAGCAUAGACACUAUCUAAUCUCACUGAACAGGAAGGGACAGACAGACAACAAUGGGAUACAACAAGCUGUGACUCCUCUGUGACAUACACAAAGGUCCAGGGCCCGGUUUCCCAAACUGUGCAGUCAAAAACGUGAUUGUCCUGUGUUUUAUAUAUAUUUCCACACUGUGGUUGGAAUAAUACUGUAAAAUUGUCAUAAUGCCCUUUUAGUGUACGGGCUGUUUUGAAAAGACCGCCUGAAAUUUCAGCCUGUUUUAGUGAGAUGGAGUUGUGGUCUGCCUGGUGAUAUCACCAGGCGGUUGGUUAGUUAAUAGACCAAUAAGAAAGAGUUCCAAACCUCUCUGCCAAUAACAGCUAGUUUUCAGUUUUCCCCUCCCCACUCAGACAUCUCCCAGAAGUCCUAGCUAAAAUCUUUCGUGAGAAAUUGCACUUUGCUAAGAAGCUGGUUUUGUUUGUUUAUUUUUGAAAAUGUUUAUUACAAUCACAGUAAGGUACUUAAUUGUUACCCAGAAAUGAUUUGAUAAUGAGACAAAAACGUCUGCAUUGGACCUUUCAGGCUAAAUUCAUCGUUAGAACCUUCGUAGGAGCAUCGCUAAAUCUCAGCGCUCUUUCCCAAAAUCAUCGUCACUAAAGUUGCACUUCAUAACGCUUGUUGUUUGCCGACUGUAUCAGACCACUCGUAGAACAGCUAAGUGCGUCAUUAGAUGUUUUUUUUGCCCUUCCACGUCACUUUAUAUAAAGAUCUCUGCUAAACAUAGUUGUUUAUCUGUCUAUCUGUAACCGCUGAUAACUUCAGAACAAAGUUGACAACAAAUGCAAAAUUCCACCGCGAUAAACGCCACUGUCUUUACAAUUGUUACAAACAAGCGAAGGAUAAAAAUGCUUCAAAUGAAAACCGAGAUGACUGCAUUAAAAGAUAAAUACAGUAUAGGCUACAUGGGCCUAUAUACACUGAGUGUACAAAACAUUAGGAACAUCUGCUCUUUCCAUGACUGACCAGGUGAAGUCUAUGAUCCCUUAUUGAUGUCACCUGUUAAAUCCACUUCAAUCAGUGUAGAUGAAGGGGAGGAGACAGGUUAAAGACAGAUUUUUAAACCUUGAGACAUGGGUUGUGUAUGUGUGCCAUUCAGAGGGUGAACGGGCAAGACAAAAUAUUUAAGUGCCUUAGAAAGGGGUUUGGUAGUACAUUUACAUUUUACAUUUACUUCAUUUAGCAGACGCUCUUAUCCAGAGUGAGUGCAUACAUUAUUAUUUUUUUUUUUUUUUUUUUUUCAUACUGGCCCCCCGUGGGAAUUGAACCCGCAACUCAAUAUUAGGAAGGUGUUCUUAAUGUUUUGUACACUCAAUGUAUUUAAAUCAUAUUGAAAUAAAUAUAAUGUCUAAUCAAUUGAGUUAUAUUUCGCUACAUUAUGUUAUUUUUGCCUCUAUAUUUCAUGAUGUGUAACAACGUCUGUGCAAUGAAUUGUGGAAUAAUUCUAAUGUAAAUGAAUGGCGAAAGCUGAUAAGCAGUGCUGCUUUUCGUUCGAUCCUAUCAGUAUCAACACAUGGUUUAGCACUUAGCAAACUUUCUCUCUGCGUGGUAUAUAUAUAUAUAUAUUUUUUAUAUAUUUUUUUAUUUGUUGGUACUUUUUACCCCUUUUUCUCUCCAAUUUCGUGAUAUCCAAUUGGUAGUUAGUCUUGUCCCAUCGCUGCAACUCCCCUAUAGACUCAGGAGAGGUGAAGGUUGAGAGCCAUGCAUCCUUGGAAACACGACCCUGCCAAGCCGCACUGCUUCUUGACACACUGCUCGCUGAACCCGGAAGCCAGCCGCACCAAUGUGUCGGAGGAAACACCGUCCCGCUGGUGACCGAAGUCACCUUGCAGGCGCCCGGCCCGCCACAAGGAGUCGCUAGAGUGCGAUGGGACAAGGAAAUCACAGCCACCCAAACCCUCCCCUGACCCGGACGACGCUGGGCUAACUGUGCGCAGCCUCAUGGGUCUUCCGGUCACGGCCAGCUGUGACACAGCUUCGAUGCAGUGCCUUAGACCGCUGCACCACUCUGGAGGCCCAGGAGAAAGUUCUAAGUGAAAAAUAUCUUGUUUAAUUCAAGACCCAAUGUUCCUCUAUAGUCAGCCAAUUAAAACCCUAGCUACCGGUUGUUUGUGUUUUGGGGGGUGUAUAUAGCUAAAAUAUAUUUAUGUAUCUUUUUAAAAAUAUAUUUUCCUUUAUUAUUUUCCCCUAACCUUACCAUCCCUCCCCUAAUUGGAGUAAACUAAUGGACCAACAGCACUUAGUCUUCCUUUUCCAGUUUAUACAUACUAUAUACAUUUUACUGACACAAUGUAUUUUACAAUAGUUAUCUUUGUUUGUUUUUAAUCCCAUCCUUAAAAACAAACAAAAUAUAUUAUUAUUCAGUAUUGCCAGGAAAUGAAAGGAAAAAUCCCCUUUUGAUUAAACUGUUAAUAAUUAUCAUGAUGUUAGUGAAGAUUCAAGCUUUGAAUGGUAAAUGGAGCCGAUUUAGCACAUACUUGACUUCAAUUAUAAUUUUCACUUCUUUAACUUUGGACCAGAAGUGUAUUAGUGAAUUGUAUGAUUCCUUUAAAGACUUAUUAGUUUAACAUGAACUACAGACAGUAACUGUUUCUUCUUCCUCAGAUUUCCAUGGGGAUCCCCCUGCACCGUAUCAAGGACAUCAGAUUGAUGUAUGGGGUCCAGCCCUGGGGAGACUCUAUGAUUGACUUUGAGGGUCUGUCCACGGCCCCCUCCCCACGGGGACACGUCAUCGCUGCCCGCAUCACCAGUGAGAACCCUGAUGAGGGUUUCAAGCCGAGCUCAGGCACGGUGCAGGAGCUGAACUUCCGCAGUAACAAGAACGUGUGGGGAUACUUCAGUGUGGCAGCGGCCGGGGGCCUGCAUGAGUUUGCCGACUCCCAGUUUGGCCACUGCUUCUCCUGGGGAGAGAACCGAGAGGAGGCCAUCUCGUGAGCACACACACUAGAAAAAAAUCAUGUAAAGUUAAUUGUGUUUGUUGUCAGUAACACCCAAUGAUGUAUGGUAACACCUCUCCUGUGUGUGUGUUCAGUAAUAUGGUGGUGGCCCUGAAGGAGCUGUCGAUCAGAGGAGACUUCAGGACCACAGUGGAGUACCUCAUCAAGCUGCUGGAGACGGAGAGCUUCCAGCACAACACCAUCGACACAGGCUGGCUGGACAGACUCAUCUCAGAGAAGAUGCAGGCGGAGCGUCCUGACACCAUGCUGGGCAUAGUGAGCGGGGCUCUCCACGUGGCUGACGUCAACCUGAGGAACAGUGUCUCCAACUUCCUGCACUCUCUAGAAAGGUCAACACUAUUUUAAGCAUUAAAGAACACACACACACACACACACACACACACACACACACACACAGAGAAACACCAUCUCCCCCUCCUCUCUCCCCCUCUACAGAGGCCAGGUGCUGCCCGCGCACACUCUUCUCAACACAGUGGAUGUGGAGUUGAUCUAUGAGGGUACUAAGUAUUGUCUGAAGGUGACACGUCAGUCCCCCAACUCCUAUGUGGUCAUCAUGAACAACACCUCAGCAGAGGUGGACGUCCAUCGCCUCAGCGACGGGGGCCUGUUGCUCUCCUACGACGGCAGCAGCUACACCACCUACAUGAAGGAGGAGGUGGACAGGUAGGAUGGAUGGAUAGAAAGAAUACAUUCUUUAUUAAAAGGAAUAUUGAGGGGUUUGCUUGGAGUUGAUUUGGAAUUGGGCAAUCGACUGAAAGAGAUUCUUCCCCCCCCAGGUACCGUAUCACCAUUGGGAACAAGACGUGUGUGUUUGAAAAGGAGAAUGACCCGUCGCUGCUUCGCUCACUCUCAGCAGGGAAACUCAUCCAGUACACCGUGGAGGACGGGGGGCACGUGUUCUCUGGCCAGUGUUACGCUGAGAUAGAGGUGUGUGUGAGAUAUAGUUGUAUAGUUAAGAUGAGGUUUACAUUAAUAGAGUGAACAUGCAUGUAAAUCGUGUGUGUAACUCUGUGUCAGGUGAUGAAGAUGGUGAUGACGCUGACUGCGGUGGAGUCGGGCUGUAUCCACUAUGUGAAGAGGGCUGGUGCCGUGCUGGAGCCUGGCUGUGUCAUCGCCAAGCUGCAGCUAGAUGACCCUAGCAGAGUCCAACAGGUCAGUAAAGGAGGGUGUGUCUGACACUGGGGAAUUUAGCAAUAUUAGACUAAAUAUGCUCCUUGUAUUUUGUACUGGAAACAUGGAUAGCUAUACAGUACGUUUGAUGUGAGACUAAAAGUAUGUUGUAAUGUGUGUGUCUCAGGCGGAGCUGUACUACGGGGCCCUGCCCAUCAUCCAGGCGGUGGCGUUGAGAGGAGAGAAGCUCCACAGGGUCUUCCACAGCACACUGGACCACCUGGUGCACAUCAUGAAUGGCUUCUGCCUGCCUGAACUCUUUUUCGGUGGAAAGGUAAGAGUGGUCCACUACUACACACAAAAAUGUCAAAACAAAAGAUGGCAGUAUUCUGGGUCUAAGGCACUGCAUCGCGGUGCUAGCUGUGCCACUAGAGAUCCUGGUUCGAAUCCAGGCUCUGUCGUAGCCGGCCGCGACCGGGAGACCCAUGGGGCGGCGCACAAUUGGCCCAGUGUCAUCCAGGGUAGGGGAGGGAAUGGCCGGCAGGGAUGUAGCUCAGUUGGUAGAGUAUGGCGUUUGCAACGCCAGGGUUGUGGGUUCGAUUCCCACGCGGGGCCAGUAUGAAAAAUAAAAAUAAUGUAUGCACUCACUAACUGUAAGUCGCUCUGGAUAAGAGCGUCUGCUAAAUUACUAAAAUGUAAUGUAAAAAUGUAAUGUGUUGUGCUUCCCCAGCUAAAGGAGUGGGUGGAGAGGCUGAUGAAGACUCUUCGGGACCCCUCCCUGCCUCUGUUGGAGCUGCAGGACAUCAUGACCAGUGUGUCAGGCCGGAUCCCCCUCGCUGUAGAGAAGUGCAUCAAGAAGGAGAUGGCGCAGUAUGCCAGCAACAUUACCUCUGUGCUCUGCCAGUUCCCCAGCCAGCAGGUACACACACUCACACACGCUGUAUUAUUCAGGUUAUUGUAUUAUUUAUGGUUAUAUGGAGUUGUUGAUUUGCAGAGUUCAUUAGGAAUACACAUGACUGAUUUUUCCUGUUCUUUCUUCCAGAUUGCCAACAUCCUGGACAGUCAUGCUGCCACUCUGAACAGGAAGUCAGAAAGAGAGGUGUUCUUCAUGAACACUCAGAGCAUCGUACAGCUGGUGCAAAGGUGUGUCCUGCUCUCAGCUUCAGGGCUUUGAAUGACCUGAUGAUACCUAGCUACCCAUAUGCACACAAACAUGCUCUCUGUCACUGACCAUGCCAUUUUGUCUCUGUUCCCAGGUACCGCAGUGGCAUCCGCGGUCACAUGAAGGCCGUGGUGAUGGACCUGCUUAGACAGUACCUCAAAGUAGAGGUCCAGUUCCAGAAUGGUGAGGAACAUUAGACUCUACUGCUAACAUUUAACAGGCUAUGUUAAGCAAUGGGUUUUCCUGGGUUGGUAUAGCAAGCAAGCAAGUUUAUUUAUUUAGCACAAUUCAUACAUCGAAGCAAUUCAAUGUGCUUUACAAAGAUGUUUAUCAAAAAUAAUGAAAACAUAAUAAUAAUAAAAAUACAAAAAAUAAAAUAACAUAAAGAUUUAAAAUUUAAAAAAUAGGAAGCUAUGAGGCUAAACAGUGUGGUUAAGUUUCGACACAGUCGUAGGCACGUGAAAAGAGAAGUGUUUUUAACCUGGAUUUUAAAAUGGAUACGUUUGGGGCACAUCUAAGAUCUUCUGGUAGUUUAUUCCAGUUGUGUGCAGCUUCUCCAUGUUUAGUCUGGGCUCUACUAGCUAACCUGUGUUCAUGGAUCUAAGAGCCCUGCUCGGUUUAUAUUCUUCAAACAUAUCAGACAUGGUCCUAAACCAUUCAAAGAUUUAUAAACUAAAAGCACCACUUUGAAAUCAAUUCUGUAACUGACUGGAAGCCAAUGUAAAGAUUUAAGAACCGGAGUGAUGUGCUCCGUUCUCUUGGUCCUGGUUAACAUUCUAGCAGCUGCAUUCUGAAUGUGCUGCAGCUGUUUUACAGUCUUUUUCGGGAGUCCUGUUAAGAGGCCAUUACAGUAGUCAACCCUACUAGAGAUAAAAGCAUGGAUGAGCUUCUCUUGAUCUUUUUGGGACACCAAGCCUUUGAUUCUGGCUAUAUUUUUUAGAUGAUAGAAUGCUGUUUUGGUGACCGCUUUGAUAUGGCUGUUAAAUGUGAGGUCUGAGUCUAUCAGAACACCAAGAUUACGCACUUGAUCACUGGUUUUAAGGACCCGAGAAUCCAGCUCUUUACUAAUACUUGUUCUUUUAUUUUUGUUGCCAAACACAAUAAUCUCAUUUUAAUCUUGGUUUAAUUGUAGACAAUUUUGGUUCAUCCAGGUAUUUAUGUGCUCUAUACAGUGACACAGAGAGUCUAUUGAGCUGUUGUCAUACGGUUCGAGAGCCAUAUAUAUUUGAGUAUCAUCAGCAUAGCUGUGGUAGUUAAUGUUGUUGUUCUGUAAAAUUCAAAAGGGGAAAUGGCCUUUGCUUUUUAGCCCUGCAGGUAUUUUAUUUAAGAAUAGUAUUCAAAGGUCUUCUCUCAGGACUGCAGUUGCUCUAUUUGUCCACAUGAGGGUAUUGUUACACAACAAACAUUUCAUUUGCACCUUCCUUUGAGCGCCGGUUGAUUUGAUUUCUCCCCUGAAUCCUGUAUACUGUGUGUGUGUGUGUGUGUGUGUGUGUGUGUGUGUGUGUGUGUGUGUGUGUGUGUGUGUGUGUGUGUGUGUGUGUGUGUGUGUGUGAUUCCAGGACACUACGACAAGUGUGUGUUCACACUGCGUGAGGAGAACAAGGGAGACAUGGCCAACGUGUUAAACUACAUCUUCUCGCACGCCCAGGUCACUAAGAAGAACCUCCUGGUCACCAUGCUCAUUGUAAGUCCUUCCCUCUUUAUAAAUACAUUUGUUAUGUGUGUUUGACAGAGUAGACUGUGUGUGUUUUCUUGCCUGUGUUUAAGACCAGAGUUGACUGUGUUCUCCCUGUGUGUAGGACCAGCUGUGUGGUCGUGACCCCACCCUGACUGACGAGCUGAUGGCCAUUCUGACGGAGUUCACCCAGCUCAGCAAGACCACCAACGCCAAGGUGGCACUGCGCGCCCGCCAGGUCCGCACGCAUCACUUCCUGUCUCUCUAAAUGGUCUCUCCCUGUUUUUGUGAUUGGUCAGGGUUAGAGUUGUCAUCUUCUCACUCCCCUCUGUCUCCUCCUCAGGUGCUGAUUGCAUCUCACCUCCCCUCCUACGAGCUCCGCCACAACCAGGUGGAGUCCAUCUUCCUCUCUGCCAUCGACAUGUAUGGACACCAGUUCUGCAUCGAGAACCUGCAGGUAGGGACCAUGGCCGUUGUUGACUUUUUACUGCCAUUGCUGAAGGCCAUUCAGACACUCAAAGUGUUUCAAAUCAAAUUCUAUUAGUCACAUACACAUAUUUAGCAGAUGUUAUUGCGGGUGUAGCGAAAUGCUUGUGUUCUUAGCUCCAACAGUGCAGUAGUAUCUAACAAUUCACAACAAUACACACAAAUCUAAAAGUAAAAGAAUGGAAUUAAGAAAUAUAUAAAUAUUAGGGCAAGCAAUGUCGGAGUGGCAUUGACUAAAAUACAGUAGAAUAGAAUACAGUAUAUACAUAGGAGAUGAGUAAAGCAGUAUGUAAACAUUAUUAAAUUGGCCAGUGUUUCCAUGUCUAUGUAUAUAGGGCAGCAGCCUCUAAGGUGCAGGGUUGAGUAACCUGGGUGGUAGCCGGCUAGUGAUGGCUAUUUGACAGUGGAAUGAGGUCUACGGCAUUUUAAUGAUUCUGAAUUCUCUCUCCUUUGUAGAAACUGAUCCUGUCCGAGACGUCCAUCUUUGAUGUGCUGCCUAACUUCUUCUACCACAGUAACCAGGUGGUCAGGAUGGCUGCUCUGGAGGUGAGAGGAAGGAGACAGUGUUUUUUUGCAUUCAAAGUCACAAUAGCUGGUUGCCCAGGGAAUUGAACAGUAUUUGCCACUGAACUAAGAGUGACAUUUCAUGGGAUUAAAGGUAACGAUACUCUGCUGUAUCCAGAUCUCUACCCUGUUUUAACUCCCUUGUGUUCCCCAUCCCAGGUGUACGUACGUAGAGCCUACAUCGCCUACGAGCUCAACAGCGUCCAACACAGACAGCUGAAGGACAACACCUGCAUCGUAGAGUUCCAGUUCAUGCUGCCUACCUCCCACCCCAACAGGUACACACACACACACACACACACUCUGCAGCCCAGUCCCCUGCCCUGCAUGGUACCGUGGAGGAGAUGUGGUGUUGCUCCUAUAUAUACUGAUCUAGGGCCAGUUGUUAUUCUAAGCUGAGGAUGGUUAAUAGUAGGACUAGAGUAGGGAGACUUGAUCUACAGUCAGAUGUCUUAUUAGGGGAAGGGGAUGGUUCUAUAAGAGAGAUGAGAGCUAACAGAGACAAGAGUCUGUAAGGUCCUGAAUAAGGAGAGGACUGUCUUUCACCAUCUCCGAAACGGUCCAGUUCUCAUCCCUGGUGAUAUGGUUAUUUUAUCCCCACUCCACUGUUAACCCCCUGAAAAAUGCUCCUCAUGUGCAAAAGCAGGUAUUCUGUGAGAGUAUAAAUACUUUCCCUAGUUUACCAAGAAUGUGUGAGUGGAAACUAACUAGUCUCCUGUCAGCAAAAGUCCCACUUUUGUUGCUCUCUCUGGUCUGUCCUCUGGAUGACUGCAAGAUUCAACAGUAACCCAGUGAUGCUGAGACUUCGAUUUUUCACUUUAAAAUGCAUGUCUAACAAACACCAUUGAUUGCAAAGUUAAAGAAACCAUUGACUGCUGUGCUCAGAUUGUUGCAUGCACCUGGUUUAUCCCACUUUAAAAUGUUUAACCCAUUUGCAUUAACCAGGCAUGAUUGGCUUCCUCAUUGGAACAAUGCAUGCAUGUCCCCCACCUCAGGAAUGAACCAAUAGUCUCUGACCAAAGAAUAGGCCUCUAGGAAGGCAUAGGACUAUUGUUGCAUUGUUGGAGGCACAGUCAUAGAGUACACUGUGCGUUUUUGAGACAAUACAUGUGACGUAUGACAGUGCCCUAAGGUGUCACAUUGAUGUCUUGUUAUAAAAGGGACAUGCUCUUUUGACACUUUUGUAAUACAUUGUUAGUUCAUGAAGCCCUUGAGAAGUCAACAAUAGGGCCUACCUCAUGAGAAAUGUUGAUUUAUUAGGUUGUCAAGAGUAACAAAAUGUACCAUAUGAGACGCCAAAAAAUCAAAUUCAUAAUAUGUAGUCUCAAACUUCUAUUAUUCACAAACACUUCUCUGACUGCUUCCUCCUACUGAUGUCUGCCUAACUAACCAGUCAGUAAUCAAUGUUGUUUGAUUGCAGAGGGAACAUCCCAACUCUAAACAGGUAUAGUACACCUUCUUAUUGCAACCAAUAUGUAGACCUGUAGAAGCUGUAGACUAGAAAGCAGCAUAGUCAAACAAUCAUCUGCAGGGAAAUGUAACUGAAAGCCGUAAUGCCUGCAACCUUUAGAAUUGAUUUCAAUUGUAAAUCAUCAACCAUCCUAAAGUGUAUGUUGUGGCAAGACAUGAUAACAUUGGGCAUUGGAAAUGUUUGGCUAUGCUGCUUGUUCCGUUAAGUAUUACAAGUUAUCCCAUAAAUGAAUCGGAUUUUUUAAAAUUGGAGCUGUAUCUGGUCAUGGGUGAUCCAUUAAAUGAAUGGCAACAGCAUGCCAUAAUGCAGCAUACUGGGAAGACGUGUCUGUCUGUCUGACUAUCUGUAUAUUUCUGUCGGUGUAUUGUAGGUGUGUACAGUGCAUUCAGAAAGUAUUCAGACCCCUUGACCUUUUCUACAUUUUGUUACGUUACAGCUUUAUUCUAAAAUGGAUUAAAUUGUUUUUUUUCCUCUCAUCAAUCUACACACAAAACCCCAUAAUGACAAAGCAAAAACUGGUUUUUAGAAAAUUUUGCACACGUAUAAAAAACAAAAAACGGAAAUAUCACAUUUACAUAAGUAUUCAGACCCUUUACUCAGUACUUUGUUGAAGCACCUUUGGCAGCAGUUAGUGCCUCUAGUCUUCUUGGGUAGGAAUCUACAACCUUGGCACACCUGUAUUUGGGGAGUUUCUCCCAUUCUUCUCUGCAGAUCCUCUCAAGAUCUGUCAGGUUGAAUGGGGAGCGUUGCUGCACAGCUAUUUUCAGGUCUCUCCAGAGAUGUUGGAUCGGGUUCCAGUCCGGGCUCUGGCUGGGCCACUCAAGGACAUUCAGAGACUUGUCCCGAAGCCACUCCUGUGUUGUCUUGGCUGUGUGCUUAGGGUCGCUGUCCUGUUGGAAGGUGAACCUUCGCCCCAGUCUGAGGUCCUGAGCGCUCUGGAGCAGGUUUUCAUCAAGGAUCUCUCUGUACUUUGCUCUGUUCAUCUUUCCCUCGAUCCUUGCUAGUCUCCCAGUCCCUGCCGCUGAAAAACACCCCCACAGAAUGAUGAUGCUGCCACCACCAUGCUUCACCAUAGGGAUGGUGACAGGUUUCCUGCAGAUGUGACGCUUGGCAUUCAGGCCGAAGAGUUCAAUAUUGGUUUCAUCAGACCAGAGAAUCUUGUUUCUCAUGGUCUGAGAGUCCUUUAGGUGCCUUUUGGCAAACUCCAAGUGGGCUGUCAUGUGCCUUUUACUGAGGAGUGGCUUCCAUCUGGCCACUUUACCAUAAAGGCCUGAUUGGUGGAGUGCUGCAGAGAUGGUUGUCCUUCUGGAAGGUUUUCUUAUCUCCACAGAGGAACUCUGGAGCUCUGUCAGAGUGACCAUCGGGUUCUUGGUCACCUCCCUGACCAAGGCCCUUCUCCCCAGAUUGCUCAGUUUAGCCGGGCGGCCAGCUCUAGGAAGAGUCUUGGUGGUUCCAAACUUCUUCCAUUUAAGAAUGAUGGAGGCCACUGUGUUCUUGGGGACCUUCAAAGGCUGCAGGCAUUUUUUGGUAUCCUUCCCCAGAUCUGUGCCUCGACACAAUCCUGUCUCGGAGCUCGAUGGACAAUUCCUUCGACCUCAUGGCUUGGUUUUUAGCUCUGACAUGCACUGUCAACUGUGGGACCUUAUAUAGACAGGUGUAUGCCUUUCCAAAUCAUGUCUAAUCAAUUGAAUUUACCAGAGGUGGACUCCAAUCAAGUUGUAGAAACAUCUCAAGGAUGAUCAAUGGAAACAGGAUGCACCUGAGCUCAAUUUCUAGUCUCAUAGCGAGGGUCUGAAUACUCAUGUAAAUAAGGUAUUUAUGUUUUUUUAUUUUCAAUAGAUGCGCAAAAAUUUCUAAAAACCUGUUUUCAGUUUGUCAUUAUGGGAUAUUGUGUGUAGAUUGAUGAGGAAAGCAUUUCAUUUUAUCCAUUUUAGAAUAAGGCUGUAACGUAACAAUAUGUGGAAAAAGGGAAGGGAGGGGUCUGAAUACUUUCCGAAUGCACCGUAUACAUACUGUAUGUCUAUAUUGUGCUUCUCUGGAAAUGGGGAGUCAAAGUGGCGCAGUGGUCUAAGGCACUGCAUCGCAGUGCUAGCUGUGCCGCUAGAGAUCCUGGUUCGAAUCCAGGCUCUGUCGUAGCCGGCCGCGACCGGGAGACCCAUGGGGCGGCGCACAAUUGGCCCAGCGUCGUCCAGGGUAGGGGAGGGAAUGGCUGGCAGGGAUGUAGCUCAGUUGGUAGAGCAUGGCGUUUGCAACGCCAGGGUUGUGGGUUCGAUUCCCACGGGGGGCCAGUAUGAAAAAAUUAUAAUGUAUGCACUCACUAACUGUAAGUCGCUCUGAAUAAGAGCGUCUGCUAAAUGACUAAAAUGUAAUGUAAAAUGUAAAAGAUGUAGGUUACUAUAUAAUAUUCUGUAACAAUAUUCUCAAAUAUUUCUGUGUGAAAUGUCCUGUUUUGCAUUGUGCUAGUUGUGUUCUGAAUGUGCUGCUUGCUGCUGUCCUGUCCUCUCAGGAGACUGUCUUCCCAGCCCCUGCCCCGUCUUCGGACUCGGGACAUUAAGCCUGUGUCUGUGGACAGUAACAAACAGGAUCCUAAAGCACAGGAUGAUAAAACAAAGGAUGAUGCUAAAACAGAGGAGAAUAAACCUCCAGAUACAGAUUACUCUGUGGACAGGUUGGGGCCCAUAGAGACUCUAGGCUAUAUAACAUUCUGUGAGCUAACUCAAUGGGCUAUCUUCUGGGCCUCUCUAAAAGAGGACUUGGCCUCUGUGUGGACGGGAGAGGAGGACCUCUGAAUACUAAAAAUACCUGGGGAAACUGGGUCUUUCUACUAUUUUUGGCCGAGGGAAAAUGUACAAUGCUUCCAUGUUCACUAACAUUAUACAGAUAUGUGCUCUUCUUUCACAUAAUCUACCUCUUAGCAUUUCCAGUUGAAGUCGGAAGUUUACAUACACUUAGGUUGGAGUCAUUAAAACUAAUUUUUCAACCACUCCACAAAUGUAUUGUUAACAAACUAUAGUUUUCGCUAGUCGGUUAGGACAUCUACUUUGUGCAUGACACAAGUAAUCUUUCCAACAAUUGUUUACAGACAGAUUAUUUCACUUAUAAUUCACUGUAUCACAAUUCCAGUGGGUCAGAAGUUUACAUACACUUAGUUGACUGUGCAUUUAAACAGCUUGGAAAAUUCCAGAAAAUGAUGUCAUGGCUUUAGAAGCUUCUGGUAGACUAAUUGAUAUCAUUUGAGUCAAUUGGAGGUGUACCUGUGGAUGUAUUUCAAGGCCUACCUUCAAACUCAGUGCCUCUUUGCUUGACAUCAUGGGAAAAUCAAAAUAAAUCAAGCCAAGACCUCAGAAAAAAAAUUGUAGAUCUCCACAAGUCUGGUUCAUCCUUGGGAGCAAUUUCCAAACGCCUGAAGGUACCACGUUCAUCUGUACAAACAAUAGUACGCAAGUCUAAACACCAUGGGACAACGCAGCCGUCAUACCGCUCAGGAAGGAAACGCGUUCUGUCUCCUAGAGAUGAACAAAAAGUGCAAAUCAAUCCCAGAACAACAGCAAAGGACCUUGUGAAGAUGCUGGAGGAAACAGGUACAAAAGUAUCUAUAUCCACAGUAAAACAAGUCCUAUAUCGACGUCACCUGAAAGGCCGCUCAGCAAGGAAGAAGCCACUGCUCCAAAACCGCCAUAAAAAAGCCAGACUACGGUUUGCAACUGCACAUGGGGACAAAUAUUGUACUUUUUGGGGAAAUGUCCUCUGGUCUGAUGAAACAAAAAUAGAACUGUUUGGCCAUAAUGACCAUCGUUAUGUUUGGAGGAAAAAGGGAGUAGCUUGCAAGCCGAAGAACACCAUCCCAACCGUGAAGCACGGGGGUGGCAGCAUCAUGCUGUGGGGGUGCUUUGCUGCAUGAGGGACUGGUGCACUUCACAAAAUAGAUGGCAUCAUGAGGAAGGAAAAUUAUGUGGAUAUAUUGAAGCAACAUCUCAAGACAUCAGCCAGGAAGUUAAAGUUUGGUUGUAAAUGGGUCUUUCAAAUGGACAAUGACCCUAAGCAUACUUCCAAAGUUGUGGCAAAAUGGCUUAAGGACAACAAAGUCAAGGUAAUGGAGUGGCCAUCACAAAGCCCUGACCUCAAUCCUAUAGAAAAUUUGUAGGCAGAACUGAAAAGGCGUGUGCGAGCAAGGAGGCCUACAAACCUGACACAGUUACACCAGCUCUGUCAGGAGGAAUGGGCCAAAAUUCACCCAAAUUAUUGUGGGAAGCUUGUGGAAGGCUCCCCGAAACGUUUGACCCAAGUUAAACAAUUUACAGGCAAUGCUACCAAAUACUAAUUGAGUGUAUGUAAACUUCUGACCCACUGGGAAUGUGGUUAAAUAAAUAAAAGCUGAAAUAAAUAAUUCUCCCUACUAUUAUACUGACAUUUCACAUUCUUAAAAUAAAGUGGUGAUCCUAACUGACCUAAUACAGGGAAUUUUUACUAGGAUUAAAUGUCAGGAAUUGUGGAAAACUAGGUUUAAAUAUAUUUGGGUAAGGUGUAUGUAAACUUCCGACUUCAACUGUAAAUACUGCUGCUGGGCUACUCCGUGAGCAGUACAUCCAGAUCUAUAAGAUGCAUAUUCCGUUUUUAUAUUCGGAUCCUCAUUCACUGUUCUCUGUGAGAACACUAUGCUGUAUUAGUGUUAGUAUGGAAGUGAAUGAGUCAGAAUGUUCCUUCUGUCCCAGCAACUUAUCACAGAUAUAUUAAAUACUGCUGGUUGGUGGGGGGCUCUUAAAGGUGACUCUCCUAUGGGCCAGAAAUGGAUUCUGCCCUGCUCCCUGCUCUGGCCCAGCUCUGGGCUACUGAGUGAGUGAAUGAGUGAGUGAAAGGGUGGGUGGGUGAGUGAGUGAAUGUGUGUGCUGCAGGACCCCGGUCUAAUGGCUGUCUGUUGUGAUCCCAGGAUGUCGUUCUCGUCUAACCUGAACCACUACGGCAUGGUCCACGUGGGCAGUGUGAGCGACGUCCUCCUGGACACCUCCUUUACCCCACCCUGCCAGCGCAUGGGAGCCAUGGUCUCCUUCCGCUCCUUCCAGGAGUUCACCAGGUGAAGGCUGGGCAAUUUUGACCUUUUCAAAAUCAUUACAUUAUGACUUUUAUUAUUGUCCCACGUUGGGAAAUGGUGUUAUUGAAUUGGAGAUGUAAUACUGAGAAAUUACCUCAAGUGUGUGUGUCUGUGUGUGGUGUCUAACCAGGAUCCUUUCCUCUCCAUCAGGAACAUUAAAGACGUGAUGAGCUGUUUCUCUGACUCUCCUCCUCCCAGCCCCACCUUCCCAGAGGGAGGGAACCCUGUGCUCUAUGGAGAGGAGGACACCAAGGUCAGAACUGUCCGCUAGUACUGAUUCUGAUGUGUAUUGUAACACUACAGAGUAUUGUGACUAAGAGAGCCCUUUGUUCAAUGCAUGGCAUCAAAGUAGAAUUACCUUCCUGUUCUUCAUAUAGUCGCAAUAGAUAAUUUCUCUCUGAAUUGUAUGACUGAUGUUUUGCCUGCAUGUGUUUGUGUGACCCAGAGUAUCCAAGACGAGCCCGUUCACAUUCUCAACGUGGCCAUCAAGACUGACAGUGACAUCGAUGACGACGGCCUGGCUGCCAUGUUCCGGGAGUUCACCCAGACAAAGGUAAGAUGUUUAGGAUGAGCCUUUCAGGAAGUACAACUGGACACCUCCGUCGCUCACACUUUCUCUUCCUGUGUCUUAUUCCCCCAGAAAUCCCUGCUGUUUGAACAUGGCAUCCGCAGGCUGACCUUCCUGGUAGCUCAGAAGGUGAGCGCUAGGACUCCCAAUCCCCUACUCUAACCUCAGAUCUCUAACCAACUCUCUUCCAAUCACCAUCAACUAUCUUAUCUUAAUCACAAUGAUGCACGUUGGCUCUACAGACAUCCAGACGGCACGAGAGAGUCACACGUUUAAUUUGGAAUGGCCUGUAAUUUGACCAUCGUUUGUAUCUCAAAUUUGGCUGUUUUGCUUGCUCUCUGUCUCUCUUUUCUCUCUCUGUCUCCUGUCCCUCUCUGUAUCCAUGUCUUGCCUUUGCUGUGGGGUUUGUGCUGACAGGAUUUCAGGAAGGCAGUCAACUGUGAGGUGGACCAGAGGUUUCAUGUGAGUAGUGGGAAGAUGUGGAUGAUAACUGUGGAACAGUAGAGUUUGUCUUCCUGUAUUGUCAACUCUUUCCCUGGACCACUCGAAGUAGCUUUUGGUUGGCUUCAGGGAGAUAAUGAGGGCAUUUGAGACUAAAGACAUUUGGGUAAAUGCCAGGUUCCCUUCUCUCUCCCUGCGUCAGCCCUCUGAAUGAUGCCCUUUCUUUUGACAAGAGAAGAACAGGCUCUGAUGAGAGCUAAUCACUGCCAUUGGUGUGGCCCUCCUACAUUAGAGACUCACUCAGUUCCUCUGAGUACACUGACCAGUGUAUUCACACAUAAUAAAUCCUGUAUUCUCUGUUAUGCUAACACCAUUGUGUUGUCAUCAAAUCAGUCCUAUAUACAGGCUUGUAGUGGGCAUUAGUGCCUCAGACUAAUACACAACUGUCCUGUCAUUAUAUACAGAUUGAGUUGAUGAGUGUUUGCAAUUAGUCCGGUAUUGUUUGGCCAAGUGGGGUGCGAGCCUCAAAGCCAAACCUGACAAUCAGGCUUCAAGCUAGAGCGUUCAGAAAUACAAAUCGCUCCCUGUGAAAAGAGAAUGUUUUAUUCAUUAGAUUAGCUGUCGCUGCUCCCCUGCUGCCUGUCACUGUCUGUCAUUAUGUGAAUAGGCAGUUUGGGAGAAUACAACCUCAGACAUCAGCACAAAUGGGAAGAGAUCAGGGCUGUUGAAUGUUAAACAGGCUCUUCCUGAUCACAGACCGAUGCCAUAGUGUUCCUCCUCACUGUCACAGCAAUUCACAUAGCGCUCAUCACAGCUCAUUGAGGGAGAAAUGUAGAACCGUAGAAGGAAAUGUAACCACUUAGUGUUGUUAGAAUGUCACUCAUUUUCACCUGCAGUCAUUCUAUUCUCUAGAGGUCAUGUCUACCUUUAGUCUAGCUGAUUCUGGAACUUAGUUGCAGCAUAGCAGGGAUUCUUGAAAUCCUGGACUCAAAGCCCUAACUCUCUCUUACUCUGUAUUAACCAGUAGAACUGGUAGGUUGACAAUGUGUGUUCUUCGCAACAUGUGAAUCUGUUUGUGUAACUGUACUCUCUCCUCACCUGUCUGUCUCUCACACAGAGGGAGUUCCCCAAGUUCUUCACCUUCCGGUCCAGAGACAAGGUGCGUGUCUUCACACUGUCUGUGUGUCAAUAUGAACACUGACUUUAUGAGCUACCAUCAAAUAACCAGUAAUAGUCUGCUCAGGGAUAGUAGUCACUGAACAGGUUCAAUCCAUCCCAAAAAGAUAAGGGAAUUCAUAUUUGAAGUGCUAACACUCAGACUGAAUGUAUAACUUAGAUGAAAGAUGAGCCCAAAUGACCACGCUUCUCAAUGUGUAGACUAGAGUUACAGCGGAACAGCUAAGCAAGUGUCAACUAACCAAGUGUCAAUUUCACAUGAUGGCAACAAUAGAGGUGAGGAAAUUUGACUAAGAUGGUUGCAGAAAAGUACCUUCCCUCCUUCCUUGCUCACCCCUUAGUUGGCACUGAAAGUCACUCCAUUAUGAUCAAUGGUGGCUCUUCCCCUGCCUAGGCCCCUGAUAGUCUCACUACAAUGGCACCACCAAAACUCAUUACCGUAAUUAACUAUUUAAUUAUGUCCCCCAUUUAAGAGAAAUGACACCCAUUAGCAGGCUGAGAUUGCUUUUGAUUUCAUUUACUUAAUGCAGUGUAUGGCUGGCGGGCACCCUCUAGUCUUAUACAAACCCAAUGCUCCUGAAACAGCCAAUUGGAUGAUGGUAGGGCAGCCUAACUGGUAAAGGCCUUGAGGAAAAUUCAUUCCCAUUCCUUGAACCUUCAAUUGGUUUGUAUGACAGUAUCUUGCUGUGCGUGACUGUCCUGCUGUGUGUGACGGUGUCUUGCGUCUUCCUGUGUAACUGAUUGUCCCCCUGUGUGUCUAGUUUGAGGAGGACAGGAUCUACCGUCACUUGGAGCCAGCGCUGGCCUUCCAGCUGGAGCUCAACCGCAUGCGUAACUUUGCUCUGACCGCCAUCCCCUGUGCCAACCACAAGAUGCACCUGUACCUGGGCGCUGCCCGCGUGGAGGUGGGAACAGAGGUCACCGACUACCGCUUCUUUGUCCGGGCCAUCAUCCGUCACUCAGACCUGGUCACCAAGGUGAGAGCGAUAGUGACACACUACUUACAUGCCUGUGUGUGUGUGUGAGUGAUUUAAUACACCUGUUCAGUUUGUGUGUAUGUGAAAACGUGCCCCUCUGACCUCUGCUCCUGUCCUUUGUCUACAGGAGGCGUCUUUUGAGUACCUCCACAACGAGGCAGAGCGUCUGCUGUUGGAGGCCAUGGACGAGCUGGAGGUGGCCUUCAACAACACCACCGUACGAACUGACUGCAACCACAUCUUCCUCAACUUUGUUCCCACCGUCAUCAUGGACCCCUCCAAGGUCAGUGGCAGCACACCCAAGAUCUGUACGUACCCUGUGUUCAUUGUUCACGUGUACGUUGUGUUUGUGCACUGUACAUGGAGUGAUGUGUUUUGGUGUUGUGUGUAUUGUAUAUGCUUUAUUAGUAACCUCUAUGUGCCCAUGUUCAGAUUGAGGAGUCAGUGCGCUCCAUGGUGAUGCGUUACGGCAGUAGGCUGUGGAAGCUCCGGGUCCUCCAGGCGGAGCUGAAGAUCAACAUCCGGCUGACGCCCACGGGCAAACAGAUCCCCAUCCGCCUGUUCCUCACCAACGAGUCAGGCUACUACCUGGACAUCAGCCUGUACAAGGAGGUCACCGACUCCCGUACGGGACAGGUGGGGCCCAAAGACCGACAGGUGGGGCACUCGCACGUCUUUCAUCCCUCACGGCCCACACUCCCAAGCAAUCACAGGCAGGGGAAGCAGCCUCACACAGAACCCUCAGCUCCCAGAAUGCAUCUUAAUGGGCAACUCUUGGUUCAUGCUCAAGUAUUUUGAAGUUUAAUUAAGAAAUAUAUGACAUGCGAACUGUGGAUCAGUCAGUCUACUGUGUGAAGUGGAGCUGAGGGUUCUUUAAGUGGUCUGGCCAGCCUCUAGCCUGUUGGACAAGACUAGCAGUGAUCAUGAUAUUUUCCUUUAUAUAGGAGAACAGGUAAGUUGCAUCCAUCUAUAUAUCAUCCCAUUCCAUUGCAAUACGAGGGUAAAUGUUCCAUAAGUCAAACAGUCAUUGGCAGAGAGCAUAUGCAGGUAGCUAAGAGUGUUAAAAAAUAAUGCCCCUACUACUACGAUGCGAGAAAUAAUGAACUGUAACACUUCCCAUUUGUUUUUCUGGGCAGGUGCCUUAUUAGUAUGAAAUUCAAUUUGGGUUCUAUUUUGGAGCUGGUAGAUGACGCUGAGUUGAGUGAUGAUCCGGUGCAUUGUGCUCAGCCUUAUUCAUUAACACUUAACACAGGCGUGGCCAGGCCCAUUCUUACCUUGUUCUCAUGGACCCCUAACAUGUCUCAAUAGCCAGAUGUGGUAGAUUAACUCCUUUUAUCUUCCAAAAUGACUUUAUUGUGUGAAGCACAAGAGAAACAGUGUUCUCAUUCUGAGGAGUCGAUAUGUCUCUAAUGUGAUGUGACACAGCUCAGGUUAACAGGUCUGGUCAAAGGACCUAAUCAGACGGAACAGCUGAUAGGGAUGGUAAAGAACAUGACUUCAUGUUCUCCUAUUGCAGAUAGAACUGAAUCCACAGCUCUGGUCAGCAUUGUCACCGUUUCAUGUUUCUUGGAAUACGCUCCAUGUCGGAUAUCUGUCUUCAUUACAUUACAUAUUGUGUACUGUGUUCUCUGUAGAUAUGUGUGUUGCAAAGGGCAGCUAGUAUCCGUGUGUGGUGAGUGACUCUGUGUCCUCUCUCCUUCAGAUCAUGUUCCAGGCUUAUGGGGACAAGCAGGGUCCUCUGCAUGGCAUGCUCAUCAACACCCCCUAUGUGACCAAGGACCUGCUGCAGUCCAAACGCUUCCAGGCCCAGUCCCUGGGAACCACCUACGUCUACGACUUCCCUGAGAUGGUCAGACAGGUAUGGACCUCGACACAACGGCUCACAGUGGUCUCCGUUGAUGGUGUACAUAAAAACAUACUAUCAUGUUUGAGGUCAAUUGCAUUUCAACUCGGUCAAUCCAGGAAGUGAAUUGAAAUCCAAUGCAUGAAAUGAAGAUCUCACAUAGUAAAAUAAGGGGACAUUUCCAAUUUAUUAAUACAAAUGUCUCCCCUGAAUUGACUGAAUUUAAAUGGAAUUGACCUCAACCCUGCGUGUUUUCACUCUACAGUAGAGGUCUGCACGGGACUGAUUUAUUCUUCCCACUCCCGCCCGCACCUGCUGGCUUUCUGUCUGACCCCCACCCUCUACUGCAAGAACUGGUCCCGAACCCAACUCCAGUCCCGCAAUAUUAUUUUAGGCGUAUGUGACGCAGCUCCCUGGCCAGCCAUGGUCGCAGCAAUUUUGCGCCCUAAAGGCAAUAUCAAAAUGCGCAAAAAUAACCUAAGAAAUAGGUUAAAUUACCAGAGAUUCUUCUGUGGCCCGUUAUAUUAGGCUAUCGGUAUUACUGGGCUAUAUCAGCCAAUAUGCUAGAUGUAGUUUGGAGAGAGCAGAGUUGGAGAGACUUGCACUUUCUCUUGAGCUAUUUUUAUAGCCUACCUUUUAGGAGUGGGGUGAUUUUCAGACGGAGACAAAUAUGGGUGAUCAAUAUUUAUGUCUAGGCAAUUUAGUAAACUGUAGCCUAAUCAUAUUUAGGAAGUACAUUUCCUUGGAAAGAUAACUGCCCCCGUGCUUCUCCGCUCAUGUAUAGGCAGCCUACUCUAUUUCAUUGAGACCACACGCGUUCCUGAUCUUGCGUUUAUGGCUACUGAACUAGAAGCAGCAAGAAUGAUGAGAGCGCACACUUGCACUUUGUCUUGAGCUAUGUUUUGCAUAUAGGAUAUAGCCUACCUUUUAGGAGGACGAAUUGCAGGCAGAGACAAAUAUGGGUAAUCAAUACUUAUUGAUAAUGAAAAGGUGCAGCGCUCGCUCACCAUGGUAACCUUUGCGCGCAUUGUGCUUUUUCCUUUUCAAUGAUGAUCAUAUUUUUCGAUUGCACCUCGAUUCACGUUGGUUGAGCGCCCUCCACUUCUUUCCAUUAUCAAUAUUUAUUGACAGACACUAGUUAACUACAGUCUAAUCAUAUUGAAUGUAAUUUCCUUGGAAAGAUAACUGCCACGUGCUUCUCCGCCCAUGUAGGCAACCUAAUGUAUUUCAUUGAGACGACACAUACUAGGCGCACUUGAUCUCGCACGCCCAACUAGGAGAGGAGAGGUAGGCUAAUUAACUUCAAGCAGCAAAUUCUGAGAGUGUUUGAAUAAUGCGAAAAAGACGUGCUUUUAAUACAAUAGGUAGGCUAACGCAUACAAAGCAGAAAGACGACCGUUUCCAAAUAAUCUGCGGGACAACAAAAAUAUUUUCAUCCCAAAGUUAUCUCUCUGACCGGCCGCUCCCAACCGCAGCAUGAAAAAUGACGACCUUGCCGUAAUGAUCUCUGUCGGGCCCUGCAGUACUCUACUCUACAGUAAGCAUGUUAUACUAAGAGUGAGCAGCAGUCCCUUGACUCCUCCUCUCUCUGGCUCCUCUUUCCUCCAGGCUCUAAAGAAGCUGUGGCAGUCCACCCAAGCCUUCGCCCACCUGCCCAAAUGCCCUCUGCCCUCUGAGCUGCUCACCUUCACAGAGCUGGUCCUGGACCCACAGGGACAGCUGGUGCAGAUGAACCGUCUACCAGGAGGGAACGAGGUGAGGAGUAACUCCUUUUAAACUUGCAGUUCCAUUUCUAUUCUGUAGGUGUCCCUGUGUUUCUUUGGCAGGAUUGUUCAGUAGCUGUUUGCCAGGCAUUGUCUUUAUGCAUAUGUCAAUUAAUAGAAGAGUAAUGCCCCUGUUUUGUUUGCUGUGAAAUAUGUAUCGUCUCCACUACAUAAUACAUUAAUAUGUGUACCUGUGUGUGUCCCUCUAGAUUGGCAUGGUGGCCUGGCGGAUGACCCUCAGGACCCCAGAGUACCCGGCAGGGCGUGAGAUUAUUGUGAUCAGUAAUGACAUCACACACAAGAUUGGUUCGUUUGGCCCGCAGGAGGACCUGCUGUUCCUACAGGCCUCAGAGAUGUCCAGGGAGAGUGGCAUCCCUCGCAUCUACAUCUCUGCCAACAGUGGUGCCCGCAUCGGCCUGGCAGAAGAGAUCAGACACAUGUUCCAUGUGGCCUGGCAGGACACGGCAGACCCCUACAAGGUCAGCUGGCAGAAGGGGGGCAUUGGGGUGUAGAUGUUCUGUUGAAGAAUUUAAACUCUACUUGGAUUUGUAGAUUAUUAGUGUUGUAGGACUCUGUUAGCAGAUGUCUCUGCCCAAGUACGCUACAUAACCAAAAGUAUGUGGACACCUGCUCGUCGAACAUCUCAUUCCAAAGUCAUGGGCAUUAAUAUGGGGUUGGUCAACAGCCUCCAGUCUUCUGGGAAGGCUUUUCACUAGAUGUUGGAACAUUGCUGCGGGGACUUGCUUCCAUUCAGCCACAAGAGCAUUAGUGAGGUCGGGCACUGAUGUUGGGCGAUUAAGCCUGGCUCGCAGUCGGUGUUACAAUUCAUCCCAAAAGUGUUCGAUGGGAUUGAGGUCAGGGCUCUGUGCAGGCCAGUCAAGUUCUUCCACACCGAUCUUGACAAACCAUUUCUGUAUGUACCUCGCUUUGUGCAUGGGGGCAUUGUCAUGCUGAAACAGAAAAGGGCCUUCCCCAAACUGUUGCUACAAAGUUGGAAGCACAGAAUCGUCUAGAAUGUCAUUGUAUGCUGUAGCAUUAAGAUUUCCCUUUAAGGGGCCUAGCCCGAACCAUGAAAAACAGCCCCAGACCACUUUACAGUUGGCACUAUGCAUUGGGGCAGGUUGCGUUCUCCUGGCAUCUGCCAAACCCAGAUUAGUCCGUCGGACUGCCAGAUGGUGAAGCGUGAUUCAUCACUCCAGAGAACGCGUUUCCACUGCUCCAGAUUCCAAUGGCGGUGAGCUUUACACCACUCCAGCCGAUGCUUGGCAUUGCGCAUGGUGAUCUUAGGCUUGUGUGCGGCUGCUCGGCCAUGGAAACCCAUUUCAUGAAGCUCCCGACGAACAGUUCUUGUGCUGACGUUGCUUCCAGAGGCAGUUUGGAACUCUGUAGUGAGUGUUGCAACCGAGGACAGACCAUUUUUACGUGCUACGCACAUUAGCACUCGGCGGUCUCGUUCUCUGAGCUUGUGUGUCCGACCACUUCGCUGCUGAGCUGUUGUUACUCCUAGACGUUUCCACUUCACAUGGACAGCACUUACAGUUGACCGGGGCAGCUCUAGCAGGGCAGAAAUUUUACGAACUGACUUGUUGGAAAGGUGGCAUCCUAUGACGGUGCCACGUUGAAAAUCACUGAGCUUUUCAGUAAGGCCAAUCUACUGCCAAUGUUUGUCUAUGGAUAUUGCAUGGCUGUGUGCUCAAUUUUAUACACUAAUUUGAAGGGGUGUCCACAUACUAUUGGUUGCAGUCUGCAACUUCAAAGUCUUUGUUUCUCUCCACAGGGCUUCAAGUACCUGUACCUGACCCCUCAGGACUACAAGAAGGUGUCAGCCCUGAAUUCGGUUUACUGUGAACACAUAGAGGACGAGGGAGAGUCCAGGUGAGUCCAGACAUUACCCCUCAGCCAUAUUAUUAUUCACUGUCACCCUGUUCAAUAGAGAUAAUACAUCCAGCUCACUGGCCAGCGGAGAAACUGAAUCUACAACCUGUAAGAGAAUCAAUGAACUGUGCAUAAAUACACAUGAAGAGCCCCGGACAAUGGGAGACAUAGAAUAAAGAAAAGGAGGAAGUGAUGAGGUCCAGUGAGAGAGGUGGGAUGUGUCUGACAGAGCCUUUCCUUGUUCAGGUACAAGAUCACUGACAUCAUUGGGAAGGAUGAUGGUCUGGGGGUGGAGAACCUGAAGGGCUCCGGGAUGAUCGCUGGAGAGUCCUCUCUGGCCUACGACCAGGUCAUCACCAUGAACCUGGUACGCACCGACACACUGGAUGUACUGACAUGCACACCUACACACACGUCAUGUCUAAGUUACUACUUAAGUGCUGCUCUUAAGAGGCAGAGGAUGGCAGAUGUAAGAAUGGGUUUACCCUGAUCACUGACAUGCACUUGACCAGUGGUUUCCUAAGCAGGCUGUGUGUGCUUCUCUCUCCAGGUAACGUGUCGAGCUAUAGGGAUCGGAGCCUACCUGGUCAGGCUGGGUCAGAGGACCAUCCAGGUGGAAAACUCCCACAUCAUUCUUACUGGGGCUGGAGCUCUCAACAAGGUAAGGGCCAGCAUCAUUCCCCCUGUCCUGGCUGUACCUCAUGGCACAUGAAACUCUCACUGAAAUACUGAGAGCUAUUCUGGAUGCAGCGUUGCAGUGCAGCUUCUACAUAGGGACAUUAGCUCUUUGUCUGUAGCAUAGGAGGUCAGCUGUAGCACCCCCAUGCAUCACUAACAACAAGACUACACGUUAUUAAGUUAACCAUUUAUAAAACAGAUACAGUAAAGGUCUUUUAAUACUCUUAAUUGUCCUGUUGUUUUUUUAAAGAGAAUAGGCGAGAUGUUAAUGUGUGUUUUUGCACUGUGCUCCGUCGUCUGUGACCCAAAUAGAUUGUUCCUGAGUUCAUGCAAUUAACGCAUCUGCAUUUUAAUAUGGAAUUUCACUAUUAAUAUGGAAUUAGUUGAGCAUGCCAUUUAUUUUGCAGUUAAUUUGAGGAAGAGGACAAAGUGAUGUGUGUGUGUGUGUGUGUAUUUGUGUUAUACUGUAGAGAUGGAAUGCUAUUGAAUAGAUACAGUUGAAGUCGGAAGUUUACAUACACCUUAGCCAAAUACAUUUAAACUCAGUUUUUCACAAUUCCUGACAUUUAAUCCUGGUAAAAAUUCCCUGUAUUAGGUCAGUUAGGAUCACCACUUUAUUUUAAGAAUGUGAAAUGUCAGAAUAAUAGUAGAGAGUGAUUUAUUUCAGCUUUUGUUUCUUUCAUCACAUUCCCAGUGGGUCAGAAGUUUACAUACACUCAAUUAGUAUUUGGUAGCAUUGCCUGUAAAUUGUUUAACUUGGGUCAAACAUUUCGGGGAGCCUUCCACAAGCUUCCCACAAUAAGUUGGGUGAAUUUAGGCCCAUUCCUCCUGACAGAGCUGGUGUAACUGAGUCAGGUUUGUAGGCCUCCUUGCUCGCACACGCUUUUUCAGUUCUGCCCACAAAUUUUCUAUAGGAUUGAGGUCAGGGCUUUGUGAUGGCCACUCCAAUACCUUGACUUUGUUGUCCUUAAGCCAUUUUGCCACAACUUUGGAAGUAUGCUUGGGGUCAUUGUCCAUUUGGAAGAUGCAUUUGCGACCAAGCUUUAACUUCCUGACUGAUGUCUUGAGAUAUUUCUUCAAUAUUUCCACAUAAUUUUCCUUCCUCAUGAUGCCAUCUAUAUUGUGAAGUGCACCAGUCCCUCCUGCAGCAAAGCAUGAUGCUGCCACCUCCGUGCUUCACGGUUGGGAUGGUGUUCUUCAGCUUGCAAGCAUUUUCCUCCAAACAUAACGAUGGUCAUUAUGGCCAAACAGUUCUAUUUUUGUUUCAUCAGACCAGAGGACAUUUCUCCAAAAGGUACGAUCUUUGUCCCCAUGUGCAGUUGCAAACCGUAGUCUGUCUUUUUUGUGGCGGUUUUGGAGCAGUGGCUUCUCCUUGCUGAGCGGCCUUUCAGGUUAUGUCGAUAUAGGACUCGUUUUACUGUGGAUAUAGAUACUUUUGUACCUGUUUCCUCCAGCAUCUUCACAAGGUCCUUUGCUGUUGUUCUGGAAUUUAUUUGCACUUUUCGCACCAAAGUACGUUCAUCUCUAGGAGACAGAACGCGUCUCCUUCCUGAGAGGUAUGACAGCUGCGUGGUCCCAUGGUGUUUAUACUUGCAUAAUAUUGUUUGUACAGAUGAACGUGGUACCUUCAGGCGUUUGGAAAUUGCUCCCAAGGAUGAACCAGACUUGUAAAGGUCUACACAGGUCUUGGCUUGAUUUCUUUUGAUUUUCCCAUGAUGUCAAGCAAAGAGGCACUGAGUUUGAAGGUAGGCCUUGAAAUACAUCCACAGGUACACCUCCAAUUGACUCAAAUGAUGUCAAUUAGCCUAUCAGAAGCUUCUAAAGCCAUGACAUCAUUUUCUGGAAUUUUCCAAGCUGUUUAAAGGCACAGUCAACUUAUUGUAUGUAAACUUCUUACCCACUGGAAUUGUGAUACAGUGAAUUAUAAGUGAAAUAAUCUGUCUGUAAACAAUUGUUGGAAAAAUUACUUGUGUCAUGCACAAAGUAAAUGUCCUAACCGACUUGCCAAAACUAUAGCUUGUUAACAAGAAAUGUGUGGAGUGGUUGAAAAAUGAGUUUUAAUGACUCCAACCUAGUGUAUGUAAACUUCCGACUUCAACUGUAGGAAAUAUCCCUUAAGAGUGAACAAUAAAACGGACAGCUCCCUCUUAACUAGGAGGCAGAAAGAUGGUGUCACAUCUGAAUCUAAGAAAACAAAUGAUAAUGGUGUUUUCUGAUCCUCUAUUUCUCUCAUGCUGUGUACAUUUUUCCAGCUCAGUGAUCAGGCCCUUUUCUCCCUUGUUCUGUGGUUGAAACUCCCUCCACUCCCCUCGCCUCCCCCCUCCUCUCAUCUCCCCAGUCAUACUGCUGCAGCUCCUGGUGGAAUAAUAGAAAGAGAAGCGUGAAGUUGUUAUUUGCAUAGAAAUGGCAACGUGACGCCUGAGGCUGCUGCUGGGGAGAAGGACACCCAUAUCAUUUGUCUCCAAUCAGAAUGAAAAGUUUUGCUAAGGCAGAUUGUUUUCUCUCUCUGUGCUCCAUGACCACUGACUACCCACCGCUUCCUCCAUCCCUCUCUCCCUCCGUCUCCACUCCCUCCAUCUCUCCUCCCUGUCUCUGCAUUAACAUGACUCCAUUCCAAAUUACAUUCCAAAUUUGCGCAUGACAAAACACAACUACAUGCACGUUUCCAUUUGCAGGUUUUGCUGCAAGCACGCCCGUGUGUGCGCGGGCGUUUUUGGAUGCUGGUUGCUAGAGAAAUGUCAGGAGAUUGUGUCGGUUACAGUGUGUGUGACAGUAAAUGUGGAAAAUGUAUCAUAUACAUUUUUUAUUGAAAACUAACAGAUGUAUCCAUUUCGCAGUAAAUUUGUAGUUUUCCUUCAUUCUUUUUUUUUACUAUAACAUAUCAAGUCGAUGGUUCCCAAUUUUCCACAUUGGCAGUAAAUCUAUAGUUUCCUUUUUUUUUUACUUACUGUAACAUUAUCAAAUGGAUGUGUCACAAUUGAAUGUGUCCAUUCACAAUGAUGGUCCAUCCAUUCAGCAGUAGCCAUGGCAAAAAAAAAAAAAAAGACAUUCACUAUAACCCACAUAUUAUAUCCCCAUAGACUCCCUGGUUCACCAAAGCCGUAUGAAGAGGACGUACACACAUCUUGAUACAGUCAUUUAAUUCACUGAUGGACAUCUUUCUCCUAUUUGUAUGGUGGCUGGAUAGUAACUACUGGCACAAAUAUCCCAGUGGGCCUAUGUCCCUCCCUCUCUCCUCUCCCUCUGCUGUGGAAUCUUAAUGAACCCAGGCCCAGCCCGGUGGCACACAGGCCCUGCGUCUGCCUGUCAAGGUGACUGCAAUGCUGGCCGGGGCCGCGGGCUGUCCUGACAGCUUUAGGAGAGCGCCCAGGAUUUGUAGCCAGGGACAUAACCAUUAAUGGUAAUAAAGAAAGUAAAUGAUGGCCGAAGAGGUGAGAGCUGAGAGUGAGCAACGAGCACCUCUCUGUGUUUUACCGAGCAGUGUCCUUUGAGCGGCCGCCUGCCCCUGUGUGUGUGGCGGGGGCGGGGAGGUUAAUGGGUCCGGCGGGUCACAGGAGCAGUUUGGACGCCAAAAUGAGUUCAGUGGCCUCCAUGCCAUCCUUCAUUAGCCUCUCACACCGGGAGACACGCACAAUAAACCAAUAUACACACACUCAAACAGGCAGUCUCAUACACGUGCUAUUGUGUGUGUGUGUGUGAGCGUGUGUGUGCGCGUGCUUGUCUUUCUAUGCGUGUGGGUGCUCAUAAACUGGCAGUGUGCAGCUCUUUGUCAUGGCUCCUGUCAAUAGUGUGAGUGGAUAGAGUGUCAGGAAGGACAAAUCUCAGGUAUUAAUUCACUCUGGAGGUUACAAAUAACGCGGCCGCCUGGGAGAGCGCCAGGUGCCCGUGGCGCCCAGUGAAUGCUUUGAUAGUGAUCCCUGGCCACCGAUCGACAGUAUUGACGAGGCCAAGGUACGGUGGUGAGCAGCAGGGUCCCUGUCACCUGAGAGAUAGGUCUGUGUGUGGGAUCCUAUUGAUCCACAGCCCCAGGGACCAGGGCCCUGGUGACACCACCUUCCAUCCCCAGCCUCAGAGGGUUGAGCUAUUCCCUGUAGUGAGAAGAAUGGGUAGCCAUUACCUACCCAUACCUAAUGUCUAAAUAUUGUUGGUGGUCUCUCAGCUAGUAGUUUGUAGGGAAAUCGGCUAACAUGGUUUGGUUUCGUUUGGUUUGACACAUGACUAUGGAAGAAAUCACGAAUGGUAAACAGAAUAUGACAUCACAUCACCCCCAUCUUGUUCUUUCCCCAGGUGCUGGGUAGAGAGGUGUACACCUCCAACAACCAGCUGGGUGGGAUUCAGAUCAUGCACAACAACGGUGUGACCCACAGCACUGUGUGUGAUGACUUUGAGGGAGUCCACAUGCUACUGCACUGGCUCUCCUACAUGCCCAAGGUUAGCACCAGCUCUUAUCAGCAUUUAAUCCAUUGUCCAUCCAUUUAGGCUUAUCUAAUGCAAAUGUACCUUUACACUGUUAGCUUCUCAGUGAAGCUGUGUUAAAUGCAGAGUCAAUGUUUACAUGUCCCCCCCUCUCAGGACCGAUCUAGUUCUGUGCCCAUCAUCAAUGCCAAGGACCCCAUAGACCGGCUGGUGGAGUUUAUUCCCACCAAGGCCCCCUAUGACCCCCGCUGGAUGCUGGCAGGACGCCCCAGCCAGAGUGAGUACCCUCCUUCCUUCCUCUCAGAGAUGAACAUUUACAGUACUCCACAAACAAGAAGCAACUACUUUUCACUUACCACAUUGUGCACUUGCAACAUAAUGCAGACUCAGUGCCACAGUCAUCGCUCAUCACCUACCUAUCUAAUAUUUCCAUCGCUGUGCAAUAAAGGAUCUUCAUAAUUCUCUCCUAUCAUAAUAAUCACUCACUUGUAGUCAUUCAUCCUCUCCUCCAGUCACAGUAAUGCUGCAUCAGCAGGUGUUGAAACAGCAGCUCUUCAUACUUCAAUUUAGUCUGAGUGUCAUUUAAAGGUUGGCCUGCGAUUUGCGCUAUGAUCAUUUCAGGCAGAUCUCCCUGAGGUCAGGGGUUAAACUAAUUCCUGUUUGUUAGAGAGGGUUAUAGGCUCUCCACACACUGAGAGACACGGUGAACCCUGAGCAAUAUUCUAGCUGGGUGGAUAAAGAGAGAGAGAUAGCAGGGGAAUGGAUGGCUGGUGUUAUACAUGCAGGGUCAGGCCCGAGCAGAUUCCAUAUCAGUGUAAUUACAACUUUGGGCAGAAGGAGAGAUUGGGGCCGGUAGGGCGGUGCGGUGUGAGGAGAGACCAGUUCAUGUCUUUAGUUGUGAUGAGUGGGGAGGCUUAAUUGAAUGGUAACCUCUUAGACUAGCCCUGUCUUGCUCACUCUGCCAGGAGCAGGAGAGCUGAGCUAGGCUCUUUACAGCCUCAUCCGUCAUGGGACCUGACAAGAUUAGAGAUUUCUGUUUAAAAAGAAAAAACACUGUUUUUGCCCUCAUGGAUAUGACAGGAGUGUAGAAUCUGGAGGGAAAAAAUCAUUUUUCUGACAAGUAACGGAAUGUUUUAUUUCUUAUUUACAAAUGUUUACUUUGUAAUAAUAAAUUAUUUAAACUCUCCCUCUCCUCCUCUCUCGCUCUCUCUCUCUGCAGCUCCAAAGGGGCCGUGGCAGAGUGGGUUCUUCGAUCAUGGCUCGUUCUCAGAGAUCAUGCAGCCGUGGGCUCAGAGUGUGGUGGUGGGCAGAGCCAGGUAAGGAACCACAUCACUCCACUGUUUUUAAGCAAUAUAGACACGCUAUAGUCCUUUGAUAAACAUACCAGGGGCCUCAUUUAUAACUGGUGCAUAAUUUUCACACUACAUUUCUGCAUGCACCAUUUUUUUAGAAGAAUACGUACAUAUAAAAAUAUUGAGAUUUAUAAACUUGGCGCACGCUUUGUAUACGCGUGUUUUCCAUUAUAAAUCAGACAUGUCAUGAAACUGUGUGCGUGAACGAGCAUUAUAACUCCGCCAUGAACCUUUUAUGGUGACAAAACGCCCUGUAUUUGCUGUAUAAUUUGGAACUAUUGGCAUUAGACCAUGGCAGUUUCUAAAAGAAAGAGCAAUGGCAAUUUUUAUCACAUUUCUGUAGAGGUGUGGGCAGAAUGUUUUCAUAUUUUACAGUGACUUUUUCGAACUAAACAUGCAUGCUGCCUAUAGCGAGUGCCAAACACUUUAAUGAUUGUAUGUUCGAAACUAUUUAAAAGUAAAUGCUACAGCCCACUCUUCUAUGCAAAAGACAAAUUGUUGUUCAAUAUUUUUGCUUAUCAAUAGAUUAUUGGGUUUCUAUCUCCUGCCUUGGUAUAGGAUUCAAUAGGCUAUGAUGUCACGCGCCUAUCACACAGCAAUACUGUAGCCUAUACCCAGACUGUCACAUCUUUUACAUAAGCUACCAGUUUAUUUACUGUGUUGGCAGAAUGUAUUUUUUAUUUUAUUUUUUACCCCCUUUUUCCUCCCAAUUUCAAUUAUGAUCUUGUCUCAUCGCUGCAACUCCCCAACGGGCUCGGGAGAGGUGAAGGUCGAGUCAUGGUCCACUGAAACAUGACCCGACAAACCGCGCUCCUUAACACCUGUCCGCUUAACCCGGAAGCCAGCUGCACCAAUGUGUCGAAGGAAACACUGUUCAACUGACGACCAAAGUCAGUCUGCAGGCACCCGGCCUGCCACAAGGAGUCGCUAUGGCAUGAUGAGCCAAGUAAAGCCCCCCCGGCCAAACCCUCCCCUAACCCGGAUGAUGCUGGGCCAAUUGUGCGCCGCGGCCGGUUGUGUGACAGCCUGGGAUCGAACCCGGGUCUGUAGUGACGCCUCAAGCACUGCGAUGCAGUGCCUUAGACCGCUGCGCCACUCGGGAGGCCCCUUUGGCAGAAUGUUUUAAUCUUUUGCAGUAAUUUAUGCUGUAUUUGGUGAAGGACUGUGACAGUUUCUGAAAGAAAAAACAAUGGCAAAUUGUUGUGGCUCUGUCUGCAGAAUGUUUGAAUUCAACAAUGUUUCCCUCCCUCCCCCAACCUAAUAUGCUGGACCGCCCAUGAAUUCUGAAACAUUGUCUAGGCUGCUCAUAAAAUAAAAUGUACAGUAGGUUACCAACAAUAGUAGCAUACAUGCAUCAGAUCAAAAGAUCAACUGUCCUAUGGGAUGGCAUACAGCAAAACCUGAAAUACAUAGCCUAUCUGUUAACUUGGCUACUAGGCCCAAUUAGAUGAGAGCUGUGCAUGGUAAUUUGUUGUAUGACUACUUCAAGAUGCUAACCCAUCACGGCCAGAAAAGGUGAGGAAUUUAUUCUGCAAUGGUUAUGAAAAUAAAUAGGAAAAGAUUCCUAUGUCUAAUUAUUUUCGCUCUUCUCACUAAAAGCAAAUGGCUGCAUCUUGUUCUUAUGAAUAAGCUUAUCAUAUCCAUUUGCACAAAAUACUUACUUGCCUGCUUGCAAAAAAAAUACUUGUACGUACGCAUGGUCUAAAGUUUGCGUGGAGAAAAGGACAUUCUCACGCCAAGUUCAGUUUUUAUAAAUGACAACUUUUGCGGGAAAGCUGGCACAUGCAUGUUUUGGGGUAUAUUUGUACGUAUGCAAUGUUUAGAAAUGAGGCCCCAGACCAUUACCAAGUCUAUCUCUCAAGGGUAAUCUUGGUCACAACAUCAUUUGUUUAGAAUGUAUGUAGUUCUAGAACAGGAUGUAUGUGAGCCGUGCAGGAAAUGUGUUAAAUGGUCUAUCUGAUCAUUCCGCUGUUUAUAAAAUAAUGUGGUCAUGCAAGUCCAUCUACAUUUUCCAGUACUGAAACCCCCUCCUGCCUGAUCUCUGAUUCAGAGGGGUUGGGUUAAAUGCGGAAGACACAUUUGAGUUGAAUGCAUUCAGUUGUACAACUGACUAGGUAUCCCCCUUUCCCUUUCACAUAGCUAGCUCACCCAUCUUAACCUCACACGUUGACCUGUCUGACCUCUAACGCCUGACCAAUCAGCCCCCAGGGGUGCAUAGUUGUGUAUCCUGAUGUGACCCUCUGCUCUCUCACAGGCUGGGUGGCAUCCCUACUGGAGUGGUUGCUGUGGAAACCAGAUCAGUGGAGCUGUCAAUCCCAGCCGAUCCAGCAAACCUGGACUCUGAAGCCAAGGUAAGUUCCUCCUAAUAUACACUAGCCUGUGUCCCAAUACAUGUAUACCCACAUGAACACUCACAGAAACACAUGAUCACUAGUAACCCUUUAUGUCCUGCUCUCAGAUCAUCCAGCAGGCAGGCCAGGUGUGGUUCCCUGACUCAGCGUUUAAGACGGCGCAGGCCAUCAAGGAUCUGAACCGCGAGGGCCUCCCUCUCAUGGUGUUCGCCAACUGGAGGGGCUUCUCUGGAGGCAUGAAAGGUACCAGAGAACGGAUGUUUAUAUAUCUGUCAGUUAUACCAGUGUCUGUGGGUUUUACAUUUACAUUUUAGUCAUUUAGCAGACGCUCUUAUCCAGAGCGACUUACAGUUAGUGAGUGCAUACAUUUUUCAUACUGUUUUCAGUCUCAUAUCAAAUUCCUCUCCUGUGCCUCCGUCAGAUAUGUAUGACCAGGUGCUGAAGUUUGGGGCCUACAUCGUGGAUGGGCUGAGGGAGUACCGCCAGCCUGUUCUGGUGUACAUCCCUCCCCAGGCUGAGCUGAGAGGGGGGUCCUGGGUGGUCAUAGACCCCACCAUCAACCCCCGCCACAUGGAGAUGUAUGCUGACAAAGACAGUCGGUGAGUUUGACUUCCAUCCACUAAGUCACUGUUUAGACGUUCAACUAAUUUUGAUGUGGUUUGAUGUAUGCUCAGAUCAGUGACGUUAGGAUACUAUGUAGAGACUGACUUCUUUAUAAAUCCCUCUCUUCUCUGCUCCACAGUGGUGGAGUGUUGGAGCCAGAGGGGACGGUAGAGAUCAAGUUUAGGAAGAAGGACCUGGUGAAGACCAUGAGGAGGGUGGACCCUGUCUACUUGGGCCUGGCAGAGAGACUGGGUGAGUCCUAGAGCUUUAUUAAUACUUUCUCUCCCACUGUAUCGCUCUGUGAGGGAGGAAUGAUAAUAUCUAGCGGGGCACGUGUGUGUGCGUGCGUGCAUCUGCUGUAAUUCCCUGUCACUCUUGUUCUUUAUCUGAGGAUGAUUGUAUCGUCCCUGCUCUGUUCCCUGGGGAGAUGUGUCAAUCACGGCAGGGCCAGAUCAAUCAGCAGGGCCUGCUGUCUCCCUCUCCUCCCCACCUCGCCCCGUCCUCCCACCCAACCCGGCCUAUUGAUUUUCCUCUGGGCUCACAGGAGCACCAUGAAGCCAUAGAGCUAUGGGCCAGCGCCGGGCCUCUAGGGGCUGUGGUGGGGAGGCUGACCGAUUGGCUCUGACAGAAAUCAAUCUCUGCUGACAGGCAGCACAGCAGCCAGGGAUUCUGGAUAACACUGAACCACAACAGACAGUGAUACUGAGAGCUGAGCUGAGCUGUACGGUCAUAAAUAACCCAUGCUGAGCAAAUGGGAGGGAAUGUAUCUUACCUCUAAACCAUUUCUCAUAGAACCAAUACAAUGCUAAUGGGACAGUAGCUGCUUACCCCAAACAAUCACACUGUCAUACAGAACAGAUACAGUGAUAAAGGAAGUGUAUCCCAUCCCAAAUGCUCACGCUGUCACAUUGACAUAAUGUCCUUGGAAUGUUCUCAGUAUGCAGCUGGCUUGCAUCAGACCUCACUGAAUAAUAUUGGGUUUGUGUUGUAACCCUCCUGGUCAUGUCUCCCUCCCCAGGUACCCCAGAGCUGGGCCUGCCAGAGAGGAAGGAGCUGGAGACCAAACUGAAGGAGCGGGAGGAGUUCCUGUUACCCAUCUACCACCAGGUGGCCGUGCAGUUCGCAGACCUCCACGACACCCCGGGACGCAUGCAGGAGAAGGGCGUCAUCACGGUGAGACGACACGGUCACAACAUCACGCUGAUUCAAACGUGAUCAGAACACGGAUUGUCAAAUCAAAUCAAAUGUUAUUGCUCUCAUACACAUAUUUAGCAGAUGUUAUUGCAGGUAUAGCGAAAUGCUUGUGUUCCUCGCUCCAACAGUACUGUAAUAUCUAACAAUACACAUAAAUCUAAAAGUAAUAGAAUGGAAUUAAGAAAUAUAAGGCCUCUUUGACGUGUAUAGGGGCGUACUCCCUCUGCUGUCUCCUGAAGUCCACGGUCAGCUCCUUCAUUUUAUUGACAUUGAGGGAGAGGUUAUUUUCCUGGCACCACUCCGCCAGGGCCCUCACCUCCUCCCUGUAGGCUGUCUCGUCAUUGUUGGUAAUCAGGCCUACCACUGUUGUGUCGUCAGCAAACUUGAUGAUUGAGCUGGAGGCGUGCGUGGCCAUGCAGUCAUGAGUGAACAGGGAGUACAGGGGGGGGUUGAGCACGCACCCUUGUGGGGCCCCUGUGUUGAGGAUCAGUGUAGUGGAGGUGUUGUUUCCUACCUUCACCACCUGGGGGCAGCCCAUCAGGAAGUCCAGGACCCAGUUGCACAGGGCGGGGUUCAGACCCAGGUCCCCGAGCUUAAUGAUGAGCUUGGAGGGUACUAUGGUGUUGAAGGCUGAGCUGUAGUAAAUGAACAGCAUUCUUACAUAGGUAUUCCUCUUGUCCAGAUGGGAUAGGGCAGUGCAAUGGCGAUUGUAACAGAACAGUAUGGAAAUGAAGGUCACAAAAGGCUCCCCCAUAGCUAUAUGUGAAGACAUUUUACAUUAAAAAGUGUUGUUUUAUGGUGUCUCAUUCCAAUACACACACAACUGUAUCUAUGCGGUAUGUGAGUAACCAAGCCUGUAUUACCCACAAUGCAGUAGACUGGUGCAGUCGAUGACAUGCCUAGGGAAUAUAGUGUUCAGUAGAUGCCUAGGGAAAAGAGUGUUCCAAUCUCUCUCAGGCUGUGAGACGUGUCUUUAUAAUUACCUGCUGAUGACCCGGCCCAUCACCUCAGCAAGCACAGAACAGCCCCAGGCAGGAUUCCAAGCUCUCUCCAUCACACACACACUCUUGCAACACACGUACGCACAAUGGGUUCAUGAGAGGAAGGCUGCUAGGGCAUUUCUGUAACUGAAGUAUUUCUAUAAUAGAUGACAAUCUCAGUUGCUCUCAAGAUGCCUGUAAAUGCAACAGCACAAUUAUCUGUGAUAGAUUCCUGCAAAUGCAACCGCACAAGAAUCUGAUUGACAGACACACAGGUGCUCAGUAGAAUACCAAGGACAGAUGACUUCUAGUGUCUGGAGAGCCUCCUGCACUCAUAAGUCAUCAUAUCAUGAUAUACAAAGAUAUUUUCUUCCGUUCUUAUGUAAAUUGAGUAAUGUCAGAAAUGAAAAAGAUAUUUGGGGGCAAUAAUUACACAAUAUUAGAUUAUAUUUAAAUUUUCUAAUAUCAGUCAGCCAGUAUGGCUUGUCAGUGAGAUAUCUAAUCUCUGAAGCUCUGCUGUGUGUGUGGUUUCCCAGGACAUCCUGGAGUGGCGGACAUCACGUCACUUCUUCUACUGGCGUCUGAGGCGUCUGCUGCUGGAGGACACAGUCAAGAUGAAGAUCCAGGUGGCCAACAGCGAGCUGACCGAUGGACAGAUCCAGGCCAUGCUGAGACGCUGGUUCGUAGAGGCUGAGGGGACCGUCAAGGUGACUGUCCAUUACCUGCUCCUCUACUUUCCUCAAACCAGCCCACCACAGCACAAAGACACUGACGGUCACUGUCAGCUAGAGGCUGCAGAUUAUACAUCUAUACCUUCCUUCAGUCUGGUUUUAGUAAUUUAAAAAUAUAUAUACAUUCUGAUCAGUUCAAUUUCAAAACAGGAGUUGUGGUGUCUCGGUUAUGGCUAGGUAGAAUGAACUAGAGGUGAUGCUGAUAGAAUAGAUGUCCCUCAGCCCAGACUGCUGCCUUUCAGGGGUGACUAGAAAAAGCCCAGCUCCUGAGGUAGACUGAGAGUAUCUCUUUAGAAGCGGUCGUCUUGUUAGCUAAUACAUUACCCCAAUCAGGGCCGGCUAUCUUAAGCUACAAUUAAUCUGAGCCCUGGCACGUGCAGAUAGGAGAGGGACUCGCUGUUUCUUAAUUAAAAGCAAACGGAUUAAAAAUGAUUAAUAAGGGCAUUAAAUGUUCUUGCGGACUACAAGCAGGAGGGCUCUUAAAACAGCGUGAGGCCAUUACCGCCCUCCCAAUCUGCCUAAGCCCCCGUCUGCCUUUGUUUGGGAUCAGAGACUGGCUGCACUCAUGAAUAUGGAUUUCUCAAUCAGGUCCAGUCAAAAAGGCAUCAGGGGCCUACUUUGUAGCUCUCGCACUUUCACUUCUGAUAGGAAAAUGUGGGUUUUUGUGUGGGUUUUUUCCCCCACUUUCUUGACUUGCUCGUUCAAACAAGCAAGGUUAUGAGAAAAUGAUUGUAGUACUCUCCUGCUCGAAACAAACAUGGGGUCAGACGUGGGUGAAAUUUGAAAUACAGGUGUUUUCCCACUGAUAUGGAUAAACGUUAGGCCCAAAAAAAGAAUCUGUCACUGAGAAGUUGGAGUAAAUCUUCCUCUAUUCUCUCUCUGUGUGUGUGUAGGCGUAUCUGUGGGACAGCAAUGAGGAGGUAGUGGAGUGGCUGGAGAAGCAGCUGAAGGAGGAGGAGGGGGCCAGGUCUGUCAUCGACGAGAACAUCAAGUACAUCCGCAGGGACCACAUCCUCAAGCAGAUCCGCAGGUGAGACAGACAGCCUUUUUAAUAGGCAUAUCCAACCUGAUCUCAAAGUUUCACUUCGGGAUUUGACGUAAUUGAAUGAAAGUUGAUUUUUGACCCAUUCAUUCUGUUAAGUUUAGGUAUUAUUCAGAGUGGUUAGGCCUACGCUUUAGGGAAAGCAUAAAACAAAAUGUUUUUUUUUUUUAAAUGCGCUGUUUCCAUUUAGUAUCAUCAAGUACUCUCCCUGCUUGCUAGAAAAUUGUGAACUGCCUUGGCACAGUGGUCUAAGCAGCACACUCUAGCUCUGAGCAUCGUGAGUAUGAGCCCAAUGCUGUGCCAUUGUUUUGUUUUUGGUGAGCACCGAGGACGGCAUAUCAACGUUCUCAGGACCUUUUCAAACGGGUGAAAUCGACGUGUGUUUCUAGUGAACAGCCUGCCAUGUCACUGGGAACCUACCAGCCUUGAGAUGGCCGGUAGAAGUCAGCUCAAAGCCUUGUAUAGUACCAUCUGUUUAUGCAGUGGGAUAUUUCCUGGGGUCAGGAAAGUGCAAUGUCACUGAUUUGCACAGAAUCUAUUUUAUUCCAUGUAACCCUUUGUUUACCUGGCUGUGCAUCUCCUUAGUCUCACUCAGGUUCUCUUCUCUCCUUAGCCUGGUCCAAGCAAACCCUGAGGUUGCCAUGGAUUCCAUUGUGCACAUGACGCAGCACAUCUCCCCUACACAGCGUGCUGAGGUGGUCCGCAUCCUGUCCACCAUGGAUGCUGCCCCGGCCACCACC